AUGAACCCUUGGCUGGAAAUUGGGUCUCGUCUCUUGGCCGCUGCAACGGAGCGCGUGAUAGCAGGGGGUAUGCCAACGUGUCUGUUGAUAGAGUUGGUUUCGGACAAAAAGGCCUUCAACAGUUCUCGUCCUGUCUUAUUGCUGGCCCGCGCUUCUAUCUGCGUGCUCGCGAAGUUGAAUUCGUAUGAGUUGCGACCUGAGACAUCGGGUGUCGUUUAUUAGAUCUCAUGUCGGGACUGCUCUCGCCAAUACACUGGACAAACGAAUAACGCAGCAUAAACGGGCGCCUAGAGGAGAAUUAUCGUUCUCAUUAUUCUUGCUCACUGACUCCAUUACUUUGACGCGAACCAACUGUCAGAUUUCAUGUCGUACAAUGCAUGAGCAUCAGAUAAAUGUCAAAUGCGCCCAAGCGUCUGAAACCCACCUGCCUCCCGAUAUACUACUUGACUUGUUGAAACUGUGCACGAACAUUUUUCAUUUUCUGUUUAGCGUGCACCUUUGCCGACAAACUAGCGAGUUAACAAUAGAAAGUCCAAUAGGUCAAACCUUCCCGGACGCUUUAAUAGGUCACCUAUAAGUAUAGGUGUCAUUGAAAUUGGACAAGAGUACACUAUGCAUAAGGCAUUUUGCGAUUGUUGCGAACAACGCUUAAGCCGAAGACCGCCUUAUUCCCAACAACAGUACACGGAAAGGUCAAUAUUUACAUUUCUUCAGCUUUGCGCCAAUGAAACGGAAACGAAACCUGGUGUACACUGUUUUCAAGAGGACGAUAAACAUUUGCUCUAUUGAGACACUUAUCCUGCCUAGACGUGGCUCUCUGAGACGUUUCAUCCAAAAGUACACCGACCCAUUACAACAAAAGCUGACAGAACGUUCAGUUCCGAAGAAGCGCGCUGUGAUAUCCUUACCCUUUGAGUGCGACAACAUUUACAAUACCAUCUAGUUAUGGUUGAGAUUCAUCCCUGAGAAAACAUGCAAUGCAGCCGAACUCACAUAUAAGGGUCCGACCCGGAUUUCUUGCCAUUGCGCACCACCUGAAAUCGUGUUUAUGAAAGCCCAUACACAUGAGCACCUGUCUAAGUGGCUUUUUAGGCAGUUGAAAAGGCAUGGCCAAAUUUCUUGGCAUCAAUAAAUUCUACUGUGUAUACCUCUUUUAUGAUGAUUUCUGCCCACAAGAGAAAUGAUAUCAUGAAGCAGGCUCAAUGUGUAGCUCUUGUUUGAUCAGACGCAUACAGUAGAUGUGCUAACUCAUGAAAUGUCAACCAAAAUUUCGAAAUGCGUUCUCGUUUCGAAAAGAUAAAUUAAGUAGUGUUGUCAAGGUAAUAAAGAUGCAGCAUAAAUCUAUACUGAUCUAGUUACGUCAGGGUGUCGGCUUAUUGGAAGAACUUAUUUUCGGCUGCACGCAAGAUCUAUACUCUGCAAAAAAUGUCCACUUCAGUAGCAUGCAAUGUUCUGAUUGAUUUUCGAUGCCACUGAAAAUUCAAUUAUAUUUCAUGGAAAAAAUGCAUAAAAGUAUUCAUUUUUCUACUUAUUCGGUAGAAAAUCACCUCUUCUUCCAAUUUCAUAUUCCAAAGAAGAGUAUUAUUCGGUUUUAAAAAACGUUUCUAAUUCCCGAAUAAUUUUGAACCCGACCUGAUGUUACACUUGCAUCCAGGGUUUCAAAACUACAAGCUGUAUAUUUUCCGUGUACAGAAAACCAUGCAUUUCUCUACGGUGUUAAGAGGAGACCAUAUGAAAUUCAUAAAAUUAAGCAGUGGAGUUGAGCAAUAUUGUUAACUUUACAAGCCCCAUUCGUUAAUGCACAUGCAUGACGUUUCAUGAAACGGCCAUUUUACGAUAUUAAAAAAUCUCACAAUUAGAAACUUUUUUUAAAACCGAACUAUACUCUUCUUUUGAAUGUGACAUUAGAAGAAGACGGGAUUUUCUACCGAAUAAGUAAAAGAAUGAAUAUUUUCAUUCAUUUUUUCCAUGAAAUACAAUUGAAUUUUCAGUGGCAUCUAAAAUCAAUAAGAAAAUUGCAUGCUAACUAAGUAGUCAUUUUUGCAGAUUAUAGAUCUUGCAUGCAGCUGCAAAUAAGUUCUUCCAAUAAGCCGAAACCCUGAGGUAACUGGAUCAUUAUAGAUUUAUGCUGCAUCUUCAUUAGCUUUACAACACUACUUAAUUUAUCUUUUCGAAACGAGAACGCAUUUCGAAAUUUUGGUUGACAUUUCAUGAGUUAGCACAUUUACUGAAAGCCACCCUAAAAAAAUUUAGUGUGAGUGCACCUUAAUAGCGCAGACCAGACACUUACGACCGUCAGGACACAGAUCGACCAAUCAUCAUGUAAGCCUAUAACGGGGACUGCUGGCCUGCGAUUUUCGGCCAUUACGGACCGUGAUGCUAGCACUGUUUCGGGGAUGUCGAUAAGGUCCCCGUUGAUGCAAUUCUGUAUAUCUGUAAUUCGUCCCUCGAAAUCAAGGCAUAUUAAAACUGUCCGGUUGUGUCGUUGUUGACUUGACAUGACAUACAAUUCCUGUCUGUGUCCGCCACUAUAUCCAUGCUGAUCUCUCGGCUCACAUUAUUCAGGCCUUAAUAAUUUGGAUGCGACAUCAGGGGAGGGGUUACGAUAAAGCCACCAAGUUGUCUUGUGUCAGACCAGUCCUGCAAGCAACCUUAUUUAAGCGUCGUGUUAGCUUACCAAUUAAAAAUCGCACUCAAUCGGUCCCACGGUUUCGCACCGCGAGUCACCCUAACUGCAUACUGGGUCGGACUCAGCACGGGAGAGAAAACGGCCCGUGUCUACGCGGACCAAACACGAGCCGGGCCGUCAUAGCAGUGACGUCCAUUUUGGCUCUUCAGUGCCUUUGCCGUUUGGGGAGGAUGUUUGCUGGUUUGUCCUACCGUACUACGGAGCCUGCCUUGAUCGACUUCUUAAGGAAUGUCUUCACAGUCAGGUCUCAGUCCUACUGCUCACAUUUCAAAGAAAUACUCUUCUAUCUUUCCUCUACAAGACGCUCCUUCGCAUCUGGGACGCCUUCCUUCUGGAGGGAAUCAAAGUGCUUUUCCGUGUCUCCCUGGCGCUCUUUAUUCGUCAGAAGCCCAUUUUACUGCGACAGAAUGACACUCUGGCUCUAUGGAAGAGUAUGAAGAGUACUGUCAGCCUCACCUACGAUGCUGAUGGCCUCAUGAAGGUAAGAUCUUCACUGCUAACACCUAAAGUUUUACCUGGAUUGAUAUCUGAACUCUUUCACUCAGUUCGUGUGAGAAGUAGAACCGUCAUGCGGGGUUCGGAAACCUUCAAAUAAGAUGUGUGUUUUCCGUAUAGCCUCAGAUCCCCUGUUCUCGCUAGAAAAGGGUCGGUAAAGAGCGGGUAAUGUAACGAAUGUCUCUUGAUCUUCGAGAACUGAAUAUCGCGGGAGUUGUCUGUAGAAGGUGAAUAGAUGGCAUGGAUUGGGUUUGCAGGGAUUGAAGGGGAACAUAAUCGAUCAUUUUUGCUACAAUUUUCAUCCGGCCAAAAUGUCUUCUCUGAUACCUAUUUGCGGACUAAUAUUUUGAAAUAUCACCUAUGCUUAGCAAGUCUGCAACAAUACCGGCCUGCCUGUGUCGCAUUGAAAAGACUUCCCAUUCUUGACAUCGUCUGACUAUCCACCCUGGCACCUAUACCUCUGGGCUGAACUUAUUCUUGAUCAGUAUUCGUUUUCUUGUGCAUCAUAGGGCCGUCCUCUUGCGAUGUGCGUGGCAGCAAGAGUCGGUUUCGUGCGGUUAAGUCACUCUGAUUUUUGCACCUGUUUCCGAGGCUGACUAGGCUGUCCCAGAUAGUGGCGCACUUCUCAGUAGUCCGGGGGACGUGAAUAUAUCGUCAGCUUUUUAGACCUGUUUUUAGCUCACCAGCCCACAAGUGGUAACUGCGCAACUUCUGGCGAGGGCCUAUAUCACCAGGAUAUGUUGGUUUCUAUAUGCGCCCACCAAACGAACUCCUCAGGUCGGGACUGGCCCCACAUUCUUCCGCUUGCAUGUCAGCAUUCCGAUUGGUGUUAAACCCAUCCGGAUACAUUUCCUCAAGCCCAUCGUAGUCUCCAACGCUAUUCGCCCUUCCCCUAUUCAGUGUGCGUCCCUUGACUGUGUCACCCUACUAACAAUAGUAUUGGGACGCCCAUAUCCGGUCUGAUUAAUUGCUCCUCUUUCAGCUGGCCUUUCAGAGCUUCAAGAUGAUGAAGCGUCGUGAACUGAAGUCUCGAAGGGAGGAGAAUAGACGCGCUCUUGAGAAACGUCUGGAGCAAAACGCUUUCCUUGCCGAUCUUCAUUUGAACAGGGUGAGUUGCUUGUCACAAAAUGCCCCAGGGUCUGAAACUGGCACAUAAUUCAACAACUUUAAGUGCACAAGAGACGUGAUCGGAUUGAAAACGCUGGUUUCGACUGUGCUAGGCAUUAAAACCCCGACGUCUGACUGUUUAUCCAUUCUGCCUCAUGAUUUAUUCUAGAGAAUCUCGGGGUCCGGUUUCACGGGGCCGCUGCCGGUCAGAUGAGCCCCGCAUGCCCCUCUAUCAAGUGCACAGGCAUAAAGGACAUUUUCAUAUCUGGUGUCACCGUUUAUGGGCAGAACCAGAGCGUGCAUUUUAAUCGAUUAUCUUUAACUCCAAUAACUUGGGUCAAACGGAAACAACCAACGGAUUCCACCUCGUUCAUCUACAAAAAGAGGAACAGUUUUGACAGCGGGGUCACAAAAAGCAAUGACGGGGGGCAAGUUAGUGCGCUGGUCGCUGAAGUUGAAUUACGGGGGAGUUCUGGCUCUAAGGCGUCCUGAACCCACUUCUUCCCAGCCGAAUUCAUUAAUUCGUCACCCACGAGAUCGAUGUCGGAAGUGGUCUGGGACAUUUGGCCCCAAAAUGCACUUCCUGUCUGCUAUGUCGGGGUCACAUUUGCUCACCGCCUGCGUUAGUCGGGCUAUGCGCGAAUGCUGUAUCCAGGUCUAACCGCUUCACAGCUGAGUAAAGUGUGGGAGAGGGAAUAUUGAGUGGGAACGACACUGGAAAAUCCAUCCUCACUGCUCGUCAGAUCUCUCCACAUUUUGUCAAAUAUGGCAAGCUUUGAUCUGAUAGAAGCGAACAGGCGAGGACCAGCUAGCGGUUCAGAAGACGAAGAUGUGAUCACUGGAACCAGACAUUUAUUGGUUUGUCGUUUCGGAUUCUCGCUCGAAUCCAUCAUCAGAGCCAGUCGCAGAUAAGGGUACUGGUGGCACAAGGAGUGCAGUAUUUAUAGCACGUGGCUGCCGUGGGACCACGUGCGCGCUGUAAUUAACAGUUAUCGCAAUCACCGCUGGGGCCAUAAUUGAUGCGACGGUGGUUUGUCAGUCCGCGUCGGAGUAAGCAAUUGCCAUGAUUUCCUCAUUCGUUUUGGAUGCUGGUGUGACGAUUGCCCGGCAAAUCGGCCCACUGUCACUGCGAUUGUUGUUCGCCCGCGCCCUUUUCACGUGUCUGACUCCCAUGCGACUGUCUCUGAUGAUGGAUUUGAGUGAGAAUCCGAAACGUCAUGCCAAUAAAUUUCUUGUUCCAGUGAUGGCAUCUUCGUCUUCUGAACUGCUACAUGGAACUCGCCUGUUGACUUCUAUCAGCAGUCGUUUUUAUGUGUGAUUCCACCGUCCGAGCAGCGUAAUGCAGGUUACUCUGAAAAAUCGUGUUUCUUUCCUACUGAGCUUUGGGGAUGACGAUGCAGAGACAGAGUCCGUUUAUUCAAAAAUUCAUUCGGAUAGCCUGGGCUAUGUCCCGAGAGGCUGAUUGUCAGGUUGUUUGCUUUACAAGUAGCAUUACUAAGCGUACCCGUACAAUUUUUGAAGCCAAAAGAUAAACUUUAUUUAGGCAUGAAUUUUGAAGAAAAUGUAAGUUGUUAGCAAGAGGGUAAAGGCAGAAUUUUUGUAAGUGCUUUCUGUAAAAUAUGAUUAAAUGUAUAAGGGCAUUGGAAGUCGGAGAUAAAACUUCCCACUUAUAAAACAAUAACAUUUUGCAGUGUUAAUUUUGCAAACGACAGGAAAGCAGCAUAGUCUGGUCGUGAAUGUCAUAUCUUGUGAUAAAGUUGCACUUUAAUAAAUAUUACAGCACCCGGAAGGUUGACAGUUUGUGCAUUUUCGAUCCGUUUAUUCGAAAAUUCAUUCGUAUAGCCUGAGCUAUGUCCCGAGAGGCUGGUAAUCAAGCGAUGAAGCUUCAUUUCUGCAGUGGUCCCUGCAGUCUGGUCUGGUGGGGCGUAAGAAACGCCACCGGUGAAUAAUACAGAAACAAUGGAAGGUAGUUCCUCAUAAACUACAUCAAAACGUGGCACAAAUCAAACACUCUUACUGCCUUAGCACACUGACCUGAUGGAAGCAUUUUGGUUUAUGGUCAUAAGCCCCACCUAAACUGUGCUCAGGCAAAAGUUGGGUAGAGAUUGAGGUCUACGUAGUGCAAGCUCCCUUCACCAACGCUUCAUCUUAACAAUUUUCCAUUUUGAGCCAACUAAGUUGUAGCGAACGUCGAAAAGACGACUGAGUCAAAACCAUCCCCACUUUGUGUCAAUGAUGGUCAGUGUAAGACGCAUGCUCAGUCCUAUCGGCACAAUUCGACGCCCGCAAACGAAGCUGGCAAGCGUAGGCUAACUUGACAAUCACACGGGCCAUUCCAGUCUCCCUUGUCUUUGUCGGUAAGACCAUUCUGCCUAUAUAUCAAGUGCCGCUGUGCGGCUGCUGGUUGUCUCGAGAGAGAGAGCUCUUAAGGCACAGCGGAACGAGCGAGUUCCGUAUGAAAGAUCGGUGAGCGCACCCUACCAUUAUAUAUAUAUAUAUAUGUUCAUGAGCAGCUCGCUAAGAGUGCAACAGGCCAGACGCAGACAGCUGUUUCACGGUCGUUACCGAUCAUCAGUACGUCAUAGGCCUUAUGCUUAUAUACCUCACUUCAUAAGGCCUAUGACGUACUGAUGAUCGGUAACAUGCUCAUAUAUACAUAUACAUAUUAUCACUGCUCUCCGUUAUGCUUAACCUCCAAGAACUUUAGUUUGGAGUCCUAGGGCAAAACGAACUGAAUGAAGCACCAGUUCCGUUUGCCUCGUUAGGUCAUCCGAAUAAUUUGCGUACUAAAACAUUUUGACAAUCAGGUCAGAUAUUGAAUUCACUCUUCCAUAUUUUGCGGAGACAUUUCUUCCGGCUGCUCAUUGGCCGUAGAGCAGAAUCCAGUGUUGAAAUUCGAGAUUAGUUCUUGUUUGGGUUAUUUUGGAAAGGUGUCCAUUGACACCGAUUCGCUCAAACUAUCUGACCAACCGCAGAGUUAUCGCCCCACGGGAAUAUGUUCUACUGGGUUCGUGAAAGCUAUGUCUAUUUUAUGCUCUACGACCGCGAGCAGACCCUCCUCUAAGUUCGCAUCCUUUCGAUUCCUGGCGAGCCCUUGACUUUUCAUUUUAACAGAGGCACUUCUUAGCAAAAUUUAUUUUCCUUAUUUUUGCACAGCCCUCCUUUACGGGGUUUUCAAAGGCAUCUAAGGACGCCCCAACUUCCAACGUUAGCGGCCCAGCGCAGUCUCGUCUACUCACUGUGUCCACCUUGGGCCAAAGUAAGUUAGUAAAAUCUAAUUACACCCCUCACUCCUGGCUUUGUGCCCCUGCUCAGGUCUGUAUAGCAUUUGACUUGUUCGGUCUUUCUUACUGCUUGUCGAAUCGACCUUUCGAAUUUAUCUGCGGCCGCCAUUUUGAUCCCUAUGCAUUCUUAGCUCCAGCUGCAAACCGGUGCAUGUGGUGGUGGUCGUGGUGGUGGUGAUGAUGGUGGUGGUGGUGGUGGUGGUGAUGAUGGUGGUGGUGGUGGUGGUGGUGAUGAUGGUGGUGGUGGUGGUGGUGGUGGUGGUGGCAGUGUUCGUGAGAAUUCCCUUGUUAAUGAUUAUGACGCAUAUCGUUUUUUGUUCUAAUGUUCAAUUUUCCAAUGUAGACACCUCUUAUAAGUUAAAAAGGAAAGUUCGUUUAUUACUCUGCUGAGAUAACGAGCUUUGGAUGCAAUGCCUGGGUAGGCUGCAGAUUCCACAAUGUGAUGUGAUAACAAAAGUGGUUCAUUAUUCUCCCAGGGUAAAGUCUUUAUUCCUUUAUGCAUUAGCCAAAUUAGGCAAGUCGUUUGGCAACAUUUAAAUGAACAGCCAACCUCAAACAAGCUCUUCACACUUCCUGAAACUGUGCGUUUAUUAGACUAUUCAUGCAAAUUAAUAUAGAGUUUUGUAAUUAUUUACCGUACCGAUGGCACAAGUACAAACCGCUUUCUGACGCGGCUGCUCAACAGUGGCUACCUGUGGUGGUUUGUGAAUAUUCCGCGGUUAUUCUGCAGUAGCUAAUUUAACUCAGCUCAAAUUUCGGACCGUGUUUGAAAGGGUCUGCAUGCAAAGGGUUAACUCCAAGUUCGCGCAUUAAUUUCCUCGGAAAUUAAAUAAGGUAAAACGAUUAAAUAGAGUUCAAAUGAACGAUCAUGUUUCUCGCUGGUCUUCUAGCCUCCCUUUCAUGCGUGCCGUUAAGUCUCCGCUGAGUACUACUCUUCUGGCGCUGCUCGCAGUCCCACCAGACCGUUUAUGGCCUUCAUGGCAGUUUUACAUGAUUGCGCUCUGUUCUGUGAAGGGAUCAGUGAACUCCUCCUCCUCCUCCUCCUCCAACGGCUUGCAAAACGCCGGGCGUCGGAUAUAAAAACAACCGUAUCGCCUGCUGUAAUCGUAAAUGUUCUCGAUUAAGUGGGGUUCAGGCAAGUUAAUUUUCACAGAUACAGUAGGUGAGCAAACUCAUGAAAUGUCAACUGAAAUUCCAAAAUGCGUUUUCGUUUCGAAAAGAUAAUUUAAGUAGGGUUGUAAAAGUAGUCAGCCUAAAGCCUAAUUCCAUAAUAGUUCAGUUACCACAGGAUGCCGGCUUUCGAAAGAACUUCCCCCUGGCUAAAUGCAAAAACGAUGCUCUGCAAAAAAUGACUACUUAUGCAGCAUGCAUUUUUCUUAUUGCUUUUCGAUGUCUCUAAAAGUCUAAUUGUAGUUCAUAGAAAACAUGUGUGAAAGUAUUCAUUCUUUCGCUCAUUCGGUGGGAACUCACGUCUUCUUUCAAUUUAAUACUCGAAGGAUGGACAUACUUCGGUUUUAAAAAGGUUUCUUAUUGCGAGACUUUUUAAUACCGUAAAAUGGCCGUUCGCAAAACGUCAUGUCUUUACAUUUACCAAUUGAGCUUGUAAAGUUCACAAAAUGGGUCAAAUAUAAUGCUAAAUGUUAUGGACCUCAUAUGGUCUCCUCUUUAUUACCGUAGAGAAAUGUGUGGUUUUCCGUGCGCGGAAAAUGCAUGGUCUGUGGUUUGGAAGCCCUGAAUGCAUGUGUGACGGUAGAGCGACUUCAACAUUAUUCGGGAAUUGGAAAAGUUUUUAAAAACUAAAUAAUAGCCUUUCUUUGAAUAUAAGAUUGGAAGAAGACCUUAUUAUUUACCGAAUGAGCAAACGAAUUAAUAUUUUUAUGCAUGCUUUCCACGGAGUAUAAUUGGACUUUUAGAGGAAGAGUGUUCCUUUGGAAUUUAGUCGGUAGGAAGUUCUUUCUAAAACCGGAAUCCUGAGGUAAUUGAAAUAUUAUAGAAUUAUACUGCAGGCUGAUUAGUUUUACAACCCUACUUAACUAAUCUUUUCGAUACGACAACGCAUUUCGGAAUUUCAGUUGACAUUUCAUGAGUUAGCCCACCUACUGAAUGCUAAAAGAUUGUGAAAUAAAACGCAGGAAACUUGUAGCGCACUUUAUACUCCCCAGCAGUCGAAUAUCUUCUCCACCGAGGACGCUCAUCUGAUGAUCUUACUUUGGGGAUUUAUGCACUAAGAUUAGGCUUGUUAGCCGAAAUGAAAGGUAAAACAAGUGUUUUAUCGACGUUGCCAGCUGAAUCUGCCCACAGUGUACUUUUUUCUCCGAAAUUGCCAGGAAACUUUAGACCGAGUAAUGGCACAAAAACCGCAAGUAAGUAUUUUUUUCGGUUCAUAACGGUCAGUGAGAAGAGUUUUCCAAUCUCAUCUCUCCUUCCACUACAUCGUUUGGCGUGUGUUUAUUAUCUGAAUGACUUUUAGGCCAUUCGACCACUUGACAAUUAUUGGCACAAGAGCGGUAGAGUGUGGAAAAGAUCGAAAGUCGCAUAAACCUAUCAUGGCUAGUUUGGCCUUUUGUAGCGCGAUCCAAAGGGCACAUGUUAUAAACAGAUAUUAUGUGGACGCAAUACUAAAUAAUAUCAUGUCUCAACCUACUUAAACUGGUUCAGUAGCGAAGACAUGUUCAUAAAUAAACGCUAUGAAGAGUAGGUCUCGCCCACGCGCAUUUCCGGCCGGGUACUCCUGUCUGCUCAAUAUUGUGAAUUUAAAUCCCUCACAACAAACAUAAGGCCGGACGGUCUGCAUUGUGGGGUAGAAAAUAUCUUGCCCCACAGUCUUCUCUGAGAUUCAUUCUGAAGUUUCCUCCCUCUAUUGUCUUUUUGACAGCCUCCGAAAAUUUCCUCAUCUUUAUCGAAGAAGGGGACAAAUGCGGUGUCAAGAUGGGCAGCGCUGAGGAUGACAAGCUCUACCACAUUGACAUUCAGGUAAAAACUUGUCCGAAUUGCAUCCGCCUCAAGAUCGAUAUGAGUCGUUCCGCCGUUUAGUUCAUAUAGUGUGCCGCGAUGCUUUGUGAUGCAAAAGACGCAUCGAAACCCGUGUGAGGAAAUGCAUUAGGACAGCACUCAAGUCAAAUUUUGCAUAAACUGUUUUUGCGUAUAUAUCUUUUGACCUUUUUCACAUUGCACAUCUUACGUAUCGUCGUCUAAAAAUCGGUGAAGGCAUUUGGUUGAUAACGAUAGUCAUUCGCUAGACUUUCAACUAGGAGACAACAACUACUCUUCAAGUGGCUUUCGCAUUCCACAAUAAUGAGUGAACACCUUCGAAUUAUGUUGGGUAUGCAUCGAAAUAUACGUUAAGCUAACUAUUAUAUGCCAUCAGCUUCAAACUGUAUGGCCUUACUAACUGCUCUGUCCUCAGUUACAUUAGAUCUCCGUUUACCGGUGUAAAAAAAGGGUAGAUUGUGGCGACUCCGGCAAUGUAGGUGUGAAAACUUUUGCGGGUUCAGUGGGAUUUGAACACGUUACAGCAAGUGCAAGCUUUUUGACAAAUUACCGAACCUGUUUUCUCUACACCACACCAACACGAAUCUAAAAUAAUGCACGCCCCAACGAGGACCAUGCGGUCAUGAAUAGACAAGAUUUAUAUGUCGCUACAUAGAGCAAAUGAGUUCAGACGACGAAGAUACGAUCACUGUAACAAGAAAUUUAUUGGCCUAAAGUUUCGGAUUCACACUCGAACCCAUCAUUCGCUGCUGUCUCUGAUGAUGGGUUCGAGUGGGAAUUCGAAACGUUGGACUGCUAAAUUUCUUGCUCCAGUGAUCGCAUCUUCGCCUUCUGUCCGUCAGCUCUUACGGUGGGCAACCGAUCUCAUGAAAUGGAAGCCGAAAUUCUGAAGUGCGUUUUCGAUUGGGGCUGCAAAAUUAAGUAAUGCAAAGCAUAAUCCCAUUAUAUUUUGGACAGGCCAGAAUGUUGGCAAAAAAUUGCUACCUAAAUAGUAUGUAUUUUUUAACACUAAUUUCCUAUGGCUUUGUAAAUCGAAAAAUAUUUCAUAGAAAACAUGCACAAGAUAUGCCUUCUUCUCCUCGUUUGGUGGAAAAUCAUAUUGUCUUCACAUUUUAUACUGGAAGAAAAUGUAUACUUAGAUUGUGAAAAAGUUUUCCGAUUCGCGAAUAAUUUUGAGCCAGAUCAGCCGUUGCAUCGGAGUCUUAUGAUUUCGGUCGACAAGGUGUGUACGUUCCGCGCAAGGAAGAUCCUUUAUUCCCUGUGUCUUUAAGAAUUCAUGAACAGCUCAAAUAGAUGGACAGGUACAAUACUGCAUUAAUAGGACACUGCACGGUCUUAAAAAAUCUCACAAUCAGAGACUUUUUAAAAAUGGAUGUCCAUCUUUCUUGAAGCACAAAACUUAAAGACAACUUGAUUUGCUAAUAAAUGGGUAAAUGAGAGCAUAUUCUGUGCAUAGUUUUUAUAACAAUAUAUUUGAAUUUAUAAAGGCAUCAUAAAGCAACGGAAGAACCCAUACUACUCAAGUAGUUAUUCUUGCCAACUGCGAUCUUUGCAGGAGGUUCGAAAUAUCAUGGUAUCAUUCGGCGUAAUAAUUAAUGUUUCAACUUCGCCUACAGUGAGUGCCCGAUCUCAUGAAAUGUUGGCUGAUAUUCAAAAAUGUGUUUUCAUUUGGGAAGGAUUACUUAGGCGCAGUUGCAACUUUAAUCACCUUGCGACAUAAUCCUAUAAUACUUCGGACUUGGCAGGAUGUCAGCUUUCGAAUGCAUUCCUUGUUAAUCCCCUUUGGAAACCACACUCAAUAAAAAAUGACCACUUAAGUAGCAUGCAUUUUUCACAUAUAUUUUUGAUAAUCUUAUAAAUUCAAAUGUAUUUCAUAAAGACAUGGAUAAAAAAAUGAUUUCUUUUGCUGAUCUAAUAGAGAAUCACGUCAACUUUAUAUUUUACACUAGACGAAGGAGUAUAAUUAGGUUUUUAAAAGUCCCCUAAUUCCCAAAUAACUUGGCGCUUGAUCAGUCGCAGCAUUAGUGCUAAGUGAUUUCAGUAAAGAAAAUCACAUAUUCUCCUAUGCCUUUAAAAGGAUAUCAGAUAGAAUCCAUAAAAUUUCGCAAUGGUUGGGGAAUAUUUUCGGCGUUUCAUGAGCAACGGUGUUAAACUUACAGGUGCGAUGUUAUAUGAAUGGACAUUGUACGGCCUUAAAAAAUGCAUAAUUAGAAACUUUUUAAAAACCUAUUUAUACUCCUCCUUCGAGCAUAAAAUAUAAGGAUGACGGGAUUCUCUAUUAAACGACUAAAAGAAAGCAUAUUUUAUAUUUUCGAUUUCUUUAAAGUAUAUUGGAACUUGCAAGACAUCGAAAAUCUAUGUGAAAAUACAUGCUACUUAAGCAGCCAUUUUUUAACGAGAUCGUUUUCUACACAGGAUUAUAAAGGAGUACAUUUAAAAAGUGAUAUGCUGCCAAGUCCAAAGUAUUAUAGGAUUAUGUCGCACUCACUGCAAGUAAUCCUUUCUAAUCGAAAAUGCACUUCAGACCUUCGACUAACAUAUCAUGAGGUCGGUCUUCCAAAUGCGAAAUAGGUAACAUCUGCAAUAAUUAUGAAGUUUUUUAGAUAGGAAAAAAUACUGUCUUUCUUUAUAACAUUCUGUUCAUACAGUUUGACUCACCCAUCUUGUGUGCCGCCCUACUGGAGGAAAAGCACGUUCUCUUGGGCUCAGCAGACAGCUACCUCUAUGCAUUUGACUCGGAGCAGAAGUAAGUCCCUCAUUCUGUCCACAGCAUCCUCCUCAAGUCGCUGAGUUGAAGUUUAGGAGCUGUUUUAGUAACCCCAACGUCUAAGUUCCAACAGCCAUCCAGAUCGCUUACUACGUCUUUAUAAUAAAGACCACGAUUCAAACAAGGCGUCGGACCCUAAAUGUCGGGAUCCAUAUUUCUGGUUGAGGUACCUUUGAAAUGUCAAUUUGGAAAACACGUCCUUUCGGUAACUCGUCAUCAGGCCAAAACAGAUUAGUGGCGUGGGGAAAAUGAUUUUUAAUAGCCGCUGUGGCUUCGCAUACUUUCAACUUCCAUGUAACUAGAGGACGAGGUGGCGAGCAUACGUAACUUUCGAUAACUUCUCGUUGGUCCAGUAUAAUUCUAUGGGAAGGGGUGGAAGUACAAACACGUCAGUGAUAAGAUAAAUCGAUUUAAGUUCGCCUUAAAACAGAGGCCAAGUGUGGGAAUGUGGGCGGGGGGCGGGGGCGGGGUAAUGGCAGUCAGUGUCAGGGGCGGGGUGAGAGCAGAAGGGCGCGGGAGAGUUGUAGCACUAGUCCACCUUCGACCACUGUAGGCGCGAAGCCUGAACGUGGUUCUUCUGUGCGCACAAGAUCGGUUUUCGCAACCUGAUGGCGGGCGCCUCUGCUUCUGCUAACAGGCGCCGUCCCAGUGGUUUAGGAUAGCUCGACGGGACCUUAUAGAUCACAUGAAAUGCUUGUUACUGUUUUAGCCUGAUGACGAGUUGCCGAAAACACGUGUUUGUCAAAUUGACUUUUCAAUUGUAACGUAAGAUACCUUUAUCGGCUGGGCCCAGCAAUUGUCAAAAAAUCAAAAGGGGUCUUAAAUCUCACACGAUAUCAGCUACUCGGUCAGUUUUAAUGACCGUAUUACCGAACUACGGCAAGUAAAAACUUGCAACAAGGUGAGAAGGCGAGUGUAGACAUGCUGUUGUAAAUGACCUACAGACCAGUCGUUCAAUUUGUUUCAACAGUGCGCUUAUCGAAGAGAGGGCGUUCAGAGAUCAGCGGGUUCCGUUACAACUUGAGGAUCAUAAUUUCGAGCCUUCACAGACACUCGUAUAGCGGUCAGUAAUACAGACAGAAGGUAGCAAGGGCUAGGACAGGGGAGACGGAGAUGGCCAUUUUCGACAGGCUAGACAUCAUCCACCAGCCAUACCCCAGAUUUGACUAACCUCGGAUCUGGGGCACUGAACAUUCAGUAGUCCAACGAUCUACGACUGGGCUCCGAGUCCACGCUAAACCAACCUAGGAGUCGGAUAUGAUUGGCUGAUGAGGACUAACAAGCCAGAAGCGACCCCUCAGUCCUCCCAAUCAUCACCGCCCCCCCCUCCGAGUAAUUCAGUUAACCGGAGGCUCUCUGAUAGGGCUGUUAGCCUAACUUUCCAGCUCAUCUUCCGACCAUGCCAUGCCCAGCGAAAGAUUUUGCGGUUGCCUAAGUUUCACGCCUGUGUACGUCCAUUCACAGUAGGCUGUCCGUCUAAAAUAAUUUUAUGAGUUAGCAUAACUUUAUGUGCGUUAGAAUGCGUGUAGGAUGGCCCUGUCAGCAUUGAGGUGUGUCCUUAAUUGCCAAAUUCGUUGGCGUUAAAAGGCAGAGAGAGCUCGUCGGGACUUACGCCAGGGCCACGGAUCCUCUGGGAGGGUUGGUGGCGCUACAGUGUGCCUUUGUUGACUGUGCAGUCAGUUGGCAGGGUUUUGGGUAGAGUUGAGUUGCUCUUCUAGAGUUCCUGCCUCGAUUCGAUAGGGGAAGGAUCCUACCCAACUGCCGCGGCCACAGAAUGUCAAACUGUGGGUUUUACUAGAGAAAAGGACGGGGAGGGCAGAAAACACAGAACGACGUCCAUAGCAAAGAAGUAAUAUACAAUACCCAUUAAACAGUGGUAGCAAUUUCUCUCUCCCUCUCCGGUAUCAGUAUUUGUGUGCUUUGAGAGUCCAAACUCAGUCUCGGAACCCUUCUGUGCCUUUUUGAUCUUGCCCUUAUCGAUCUAACAUGUCUGUCUGUUUGCAGGAUCAAAAACUGGGAGAUCAAGUUGUCCAGCAGUGUGACGGCUAUUGCUGUCAGCCGCAGCGGUGAAUACCGACACGCAUUUGUCGGUAUGGCCAACGGCGCUCUCUGUUUCAUUGAGGUGAGGUCCUUAUUCCACCCCUUCUGUCCCCUCUCUUCCUCCCUCACUUCUGGCCACCGCUGGAACAAGAAGCUUAUUAGCCUGACGUUGCCGAUACUCACCCGGACCCAUCACCGGAGAGCGUUGUAGAUGAGGGGCUAGUGUAGGCACAAGGAGUGCAGCUGCUGGUUGGGCUCGAGAGAGAGAGCCCGUAAAGAACAACGAAACGAGUAAGUUCCGUAAGAACGAUCGAUGAACGCACCCUAUCAUUGUAUAUUCCCGAUCGAAUCCGACAGGGCAACGGGCACGUGGCACAACGGUUAAAGGCCUGGACUUCAAUCCAACACGUCGCGAGUUCGAGCCAUGAAUGUUCAACACUUCGGGGAUGGGUAUGACUGGCUGACGACGGCUAAUAAGCCAGAAAUGGCCAUUCCUUUCUCCUUUCACUUUGUCGGUAAUACUAUUCUGUCAUUGUGUUUUUUAUGGACUGCGGGACUCAAAACCAUGGCUUGAGUAGCUUGCGGCUCACGCGAUAGCCAACACUGCUAGGGAUUGCGGCCUUCUGAAAUUUGAAAUUUUAGUGGACCCCGUCGAAUGAGCGUUAGCGUCUUUCCUCCUCACUCUUGCUGGAUGUUUGGCCAUUCGCGUCCGGAGUAAUCUCUCAGUAUUUUUAGCGUAGUUGCUCAGCCCGCAACCGCGGUGAUGGCUCGUCAGUCCGAGUCCGAGUUGUUAAUGACCGUGAUUUUGUCAUCCUUGCUAGAUGCUGGUGUGACGAUUGCUCGGCAAACUGGCUCACUGUCACUGGGAUAAUUGCUCGCCCACGCCCUCCCCACAUGACUGAUUCCUCUGCUCAGGGAAAAUCUCAGCACGGAAUAUGGUAACGGGAGGUCAUUGUGCUUGUUGAUGGAUUGCGAGCCUGAGAACCAUGACUCGGGCACUUCGCGGCUCACGCUUUUUCGCCACUUACGAGGAUUUCGGCCUCUUGAAAUUUUUAAAUAUGGCCGGAUCCCAUCGAGUGUGCCGCCACCUGAGAGUUAGCGUCUCCCCGCCUCACUGCUGCUGCGUGCUCGGCAAUUCGCGUACGGAGUAAUUUCCCAGUCUCUCCGACAUAGUUGCUUUGUCCGCAACUACACCAGAUCCGGUAAACGACUCUAGACGAUUCCUGCCAUGGCAGAGGGUCUUGCGGCCUCAUGACCUGGCGCCUGAUGGCUGCCACCGUCCUGUGUGCUAUUCCAUCCCCGAGUGGAGUGAGAAGGCGGCUGACGGCCUCCGAGACGUUCUUCAAGUAUGGAAGAACCCGAAUGAAUUUGGAGCAGGUCGUAUUUGGCUUCUGGCGUUGUUUGUGUAUGCACUGGUUGAGAAAUUUGCGCAGGUAGCCAUUGGUUUUCAGUACUGUCUAAGAUAUUGUGAUUCAGUGACUGUGUCUUUCAUUUCAUUGCAAUGCACAUCAACGCGUUAGUGUAGCGUCCUGACGUAACUGCUUUUGUGGCUGGCUGGGUGGUUGCUGUUGAAGCUCGGUGCUUGCAUCGUAUUUGUCGCCUUACUGAGCACCUCGGUUUUCAGGCCACCAGAAUCUUUUCGGCAAAAGAAAACAUCCAGAAAGGCCUGCUGGUUGCUUCCUUCCUCCCCCGCCGUAAACUGAAUGUCGGGGAAGAGGGCGUUGAGACGUCAGUUGUGUGUCAAGACCUGAUCCCGUUCGAUGACGACGAUGACGGUAUCAUCUGCAUACCGACCCCAGAAUUGCGUCUGUAGUGUCAUAAGUCCUUGCGACUCCAACCGUUGUAAGACUGUCUCAGCUAUGAGUCCCGAAAUCGGCGAACCCAUUGGCGUGCCCUUCAUCCGCUCGUAGAUUGUUCUUCCCAAAGUAAUGUACGUCAUCAGACAGAACUUUAGGAUUUGGAGGAUCUGGGUGUGUCUUAGGUGAUUCCCCGUUUCACCAUAUCCUUAUCGUGGGGGUAGUUCGAUGAUCUCGACUGCCUGGUCCCGCGGAAUCGAAGUAAAUAGGGACGUGACAUCAAAAGAUACCGUAUCGUUCGAUGGAAGACUUACUCCUCCAAGUUUCCCCAAGGACUGCAUGGACGAGCUGACUGUGGCGUUUGGACAAGUGGUCAGAAACCUGAGACGUCAAAAGUACCACUCCCUAAGUUGGAGUACCAGAGAGGGGCACCCUCAUUACGCCCUUUUCGAAGACCCUAAAACAGGACGAGGGUCUUUUCUUGCGCUCUCGUCGUGUGCCCGUCGAUCGGCAAUAUUGCACCUGAGUUCUCCAGUGUCAACAGCUUCGCGUUGAUCUUGCGUCUCAGUAUCGCUGUGGGGAUGGGUACGCAUGAGACAUAAUAAUGACGAUCAUCAAACAAGCUUUUGUCCUCUCGAAUAUAAUGUCUCUUGUCCAGUACGACCGUGGAACGCCCCUGUUCCGAAAUGUCAGGCAAAAAAACUUUUUGUCUUAGUGGUCGCAUCUUCUUUUUCCUAAUCGCUUCCUGGAACUCGCCUGAUGGAUGGUCACUCCCUACAUUUCCAAAUCAGAACUUGGGUGGCAAAUCUGACAUGUAAUUCUUUACUGGGCUAGAGUGUAUAUGCAACUGGUAGGCAGCGCUGACUAAAGCUCAUGAUCAAUCAAUCGGGGCCUCACGCUCGUCUAAGCGCGUUAACGGCAGUCGCGCGCCUCAGAAGCUCGCAACCAUAUGGGACGAUAUUGCCACAGAGACAUAAAUGUCCCCGGUGUUUGAUGAUGAAGAAAAAGAAAGAGAAAAAGCAGAUGGGCUUUUCGGAACAGGUUUAUUCAACUCUUGACGUUUCAAAGAGCUUGGUCGGCUCUCCAUUGUCAAAGUGUAAAAUGCACUUAAUCGAUCAGAAAUUUCAAGUGGCAUGUCCUGUUGGUCGGCCUUAUGCUGAUCGAUUUUUUUCUCCUCUCGCUUCCUCGGCCCCUCGGGAGAUGGUUGACGGGCGUUUUGCGCGCGGACCUUUUGAGUGACCACUCCGCCGGGGAGAGCUGAUCAAACCGUUGUCGGACGGUCCUUAUUCGGCCUCACCGCGUAAACUCACUGUUAUGACCCGCCUGGUACUUGAAAUCCCGUGGAGCGUAUGCGCACUCGACCCUUGUCCCCAGUACCAAAGCAGCAGACAAGAAAAAAAACGAUAAGCCACGGGAAGUGUAUUAGAAAGUACACUGCAAGUCGCGACUAGCUGAUAGGUGACGCAUAUUUAUAACACCCUCCUGUGGUUCGCCGGCAUUCGGCCCAAUGACCUUCGGGCAGAGGGGAGUAGCCAAUGAAGAGACGCCCAAUUACGAUGACAGCGUGGUAGAGGGAGUAAACGCACGUUGUCUCCAGUGAUUGGUUGGCUCUUGAUUUUGGGAGUGUAGGCACUCCCAACACUCACCCUCUGGCUCUCUCCGUACGGCCUUCUUAAGUCCGGUGUAGUUUUUUGGUCCUGAGCUCUAUGAUUGUGAUGACGUAAGACUUUGAAAGCUGCAGAAAGGUCCAGAUGCCUGUUGAUAGAGUUGGUAUCGGAGAACCACGCCUCGAGAGUCAGCCGUUCUGCUUUUGUGUUGUUCCGGCUUAGGAUGAUAGUCAUCUGGAGAUCGAAAGUAUGCCCAGGUUCUCAAACGUGUGUUGCUAGUUGAGAGUCAGGGUCUAACCUCCGAGUGGGCGAUUUCUGCUCUUGUAGGCGAAUUUGCAAUUUCGCCCGGUUUCACCCACAUAGUUGCAGUCGCCCUCAUUGCAAUUUACUUUGUAGAUGAUUGCUGAGGUUUCAGCUGGUGGCAAUGGGUCCUUAGGUUGCACCGGACGACGUUGAAUUGUUGCCUGGGAUCGAUGGGCUAUGCCUACUCUGGUGAAUUGUAACAGUCGCGAGACCGCUUCCGAGACCGUAGGGAAUGGCCUUCCAGACUUCGGGUUGCUGUAUUUACAUAAACCUGUUUUGGAGAGCCUAUCUUCUCCUUCUUCAAAUAAUUAACCCGGAUCUCUCAACUUUCCCAAUCUGUCCUCGGUGAAACCAGCAGCGCAAGUCCACUAUCACUACAAACUGAUUCGCGCGCAAUUCCCCGUACCUGUGUCCGUCAAGCUUCAGGACGAGCGUCGAACAUAGUCGUUGGCGACGUUCAAAUUGUCAUAACCAACACCAUCAUCAUCAUCAUCACCACCAACAAUGACUCCGGUUAUAUGCACCAAUAUUUACGCCUCGACCUGUUUCGAUUUUUCUUCCCUUAGAAUGUCUCCAUGGCAACACAACCGCGAGACCACUUCAUGCUGUUUCUGGGUGUUCUGGCAGUCUCCUCCAUCGCUGUCGUUGAAGAACAUGUUUGGUGCGCCUGCGGCUCAGUUGUGGAAGUUUUUGAUGUCAGGUAAAGAAAUUUGUAUACAUCUUCCAUAUCUACUUCCGUCUUGCUCAAGGAGAGAUUAUAACUGGCACUGAUGUCAGUGCAGUUUGUUGGAUCGUGUUCUCUGAGACAGCUGACUUCAAGUGAAGCAAAAACCCUCCAAACCCUGGAACUUACUUUUUUGCCUAUGUGGCCUCCACAGAUACGGAAUCACGAAGUCCGGAUACGGUUACUCUUAAAUGGAGUCAGACCUCGAUUGCCGGGGGACCGUUCUGCCAACAGAGGCUCCCGCGUGGUUUCUUAGCUUCCGUCUUCGAGAAAUUUUUGAUUCGAAUUACGGAACUCAACAGAUGUCCCCCACUUAAAUUUUCAUCUUUCGCUUUGUAAGCCAGCGGAAUCGUAACUCAGACUUAAGCACACUCACUCCUGCGACCAGAAAUAUGUUUAUAUCGAAUUUCCCACGUGAUCGUUCAGGUAAUUAAGACACUCAAACAAAAUUCGAAGAAUCACCUGUUGGCGCUUGUUUGAUUUCAAAAGCUUUUUUAACCUUGUGGUGUCGUAUUUGUCAUAUUCCGCACCAUCACAGCUAACUAAUGCGUCGAAAUGUAGUGGAGUGGAUCGGGCUGAGUUUAACUGUACCUCGCAAUUUCUCUUACAUUUUCUUUACUUGUUUUAUUUAAGUAGGUGUAAUUGCUGUUGCCUAUUCUUUGUGUAAUUAGUGCGCCCAAUCGAGAUGCACUUGCCAACUUAGAGUGUAUAGAUUAUUGGUUGACGCAAAAUUACUUACCCCAUAGACUACACUUACACCUACUUUGUCCCAGUAAAGUCUGGUUUUUGGUAAUCGUGGGGAGGGCAGAAGUGUUGUACGCCAGAUUCGAGAUGAGUGGUCGGUUAAUCAAUGCGCCCAUCCCACCUAUAGGUGGCCUGCCAUAAUUUUGGCAUUGGUUAAGUAUAGAGACAGAGCACUCAGUGUCGUGUAAACCUCCAUAACUUCUUGAAUUUGUAUGAAAUCGACAGCUGUCUCCUUCCCUCCACCCCCCCCCCUCCCCAAAGCACUAACAGUCCUCACUGAAUCUCAUGGGCGGAAUAUCGCAUUACAACCAUGAGAGAGACGUUUACAAGGACGGCUGCUAACUUAUUCGUCAAACUGAGGAAAUCGGUAUAGCGACGCUUGUAUCUAUGCUCUAUGUCAUCCUCAAGGCCCUAAAAGCCAAUGUCAUAAAGCCCUGUUAUUCGAUUUUUAUUGGCUAGCACGCUGGAUCAUAUUAACCAAUUCAGUACCUCGGAGAAUCCACUGGACACCGUACUCUGCCUCGCCCCCAGCCGAUACGGCGUUUGGAUCUCCAAAUGCGGAAAUACGGAACUCCAACUUUGGAGCACAACAGAGUUCGUGCGCACCUCGUUAUGUGACAUCAAAAAGCACAUUACCGUCAACCGGAAACCGGUAAUUUUUUUAAAUAACGUGUUACUAUCUUUUUCACCGGAACUCCUGAUACAUUUAGAGAAGCCGUGAAGUGUGUAUUCAUGCUGAAAAGACCACUUAAGUUGAUGAUGGGUUAGACAAGCCAAAGUCCAGAAAAGAGUGUUUCUCCAUUGAAGUUUUCAGAAUUUUUGAGUUUGGUAUUGUAAGUAAAACCAAGUGUGCAAAGUGUGGAUACAGUCAGAAUUAAAAGAAUGGAGGCCAGGUGGACUAAGCUCCUACGAAGCGUCCAGUCAGUAAAACCUCAGACCGUCCUUCCGAACGAUCCGGAACGGUACGUGCAUAACUAUUCUUCAGUACGUCUUGAUAAAGAUCUCGUAGAGGUACUAGCUCUUGGCCCUAAGUUUUGUAUUGCAUGGCGGAUGCCGAAACAGUUAGAGCAAGAAAUCCAAUUUGAGAGUCUCUUUAGCCAGACUGCAGAUCUAAAACCAACCGAAGCUAGAGAAGUUGAUUGUCUUAAGUCGACUCUGGUUAACUGCUGCCAACAGUAUCUAAGGAAGUCCCCGAGAAACAAGGGUCCCUUGACAAGGGCCCAUAUCGAUAGCCUUAGCGAGCUUCGUAAAAACAAAAACAUUGUGCUUACUAGACCGGAUAAAGGUUCAGGAGUAGUACUGAUGGAUAGGACAGAUUAUGUGGCGAAACUAGAGGAAACACUGUCGGAUCGUUCCAAGUUCUUAAAAUCUGAGAAAGAUAAGGAUCGCACGGAGGCUGUCGAGGGUCAGCUGACGACUAUUCUCAAAGAUCUCUGCAAAGAAGGCCAUUUGUCUAGCAAAGAGUAUGAACGACUGAGACCGGUGGGCUCGACAAUACCAAGAAUGUACGGCCUUCCUAAAAUUCACAAACAAGAGCUGCCUCUACGUCCAAUCUUGGAUAUGAGGAAUUCGCCCUAUCAUACCUUUGCAAAAUGGCUAGUGGAAAAACUAAAGCCAUUGCAAAGUUACCUAUACCCUCGAAGUUUAAAAGACUCCUUUGAGUUCGUCGAAGCUAUCAAAAAUAUGAACGUUGACGGACGGAGGAUGUUAUCACUGGAUGUAUCAUCGCUGUUUACCAACGUACCCGUGGCAGAAACAAUAAACUAUCUUUGUGAUGUUAUUCGUGAUACGAACUACGCCAUAGACAUGCCUGUGAAAACGCCAAAAGAACUACUGACGCUUUGCACACAAAAUGUCCGAUUUCUGUGCAAUGGUUAAUUAUACAGGCAGGUAGAUGGUGUGGCAAUGGGAUCACCGCUUGGACCGUUCCUUGCAAAUGUUUUUAUGGGCAAAGUCGAGAAAACAAGUUUACAUGAGACCAUUAAUGGCCUCGUCUUCUACCGUCGGUACGUGGACGAUAUCUUCUGCCUGACGGAUGGUACCACCGAUACCGAGGAGUUCAACAGUGCGCACCCCUCGCUAAAGUUCACUGCAGAGACCGAGGCAGAUAACGAACUUGCCUUUCUCGAUGUCCUUCUGCACAGGCAAGAGGAUGGGUCUAUCCAGCGCAGGGUGUUCCGAAAGAAAACCUGGACGGGACAAUACGUUAAUUUCCACAGUUUUGUCCCCCUUAACAUCAAACGGAAUUUAGUCCAGGGAUUGGCGGUUAGAGUGAGACGCAUCUGCUCACUAUCUGCAGCUAUUGAAGAAGAACUUCAACAGCUGCGGAACACACUUCGGUAGAACGGAUACCCAGAUAGAUUUAUCCUCCGAAAUAUUGGGGAACGCGUUGAAAAGCCCACUGUUGCGAAUGCGGAAAAGAAGAAUGUAUUCAUAAGAUUGCCUUUUAGAGGAGACGCAGAGAGCGAACUAGUCCGACGGCGCUUAACUACAGCUAUCACGAGGGCAUUCCCUGCGGCGAAUUUACGCGUAUGCUUCACAAACUCUCCCCUCUUACGUUUGGGAGGUAAAGACAGACUACCGUUGGAGGCCACAUCAAUGUGCAUUUAUUCAUUCACUUGCUCCUGUGGAGCAGGAUACAUCGGCCGCACAACGAGACGCCUGGUAAAGAGGGUACGUGAACAUAUGCCCGCCUGGCUAGACAGAGGUGAGACCCGGUCGAUUUCGAGUUCUAUUCUCGCGCAUUUAAUCGAUAUGAACCACCGAGUCGAUGCCAAGAAAGCAUUUCAGGUUGUCUACCGGACACCAACAUGCUUCUCUAAAGGCCUACGCCAACGGAUACAAGCAACGGCAGAGGCAGUAGCUAUACGGUUAGUAAAUCCGGUGUUAUGCUGUCAGAAAACUCUGACACAAGCGCUUUCGCUGCCGUGGCCAACGCCAACCCCAAGUGAUGAAGCCAUGCCGCCUCAAAUCCCUAAUCACGAUGAUGGGUACUCCGUGUACUCAACCCAAGAUCAUUACUCAAAGACUCUCUUACCCCCCUCCCCUAGCCCUGACGAAUAACACCCGCCGACCUUCUCAUGCGGGCGGCGUGGGAUGAAGAGUGUUAGUGACUUAAUAGCCCUUGAGGCAUCUAUAAACACUGUUCAUUUUGUACAUUUUCAUUCGUUCAUGUAAUUGUAUUGGCCUGAGGAAGAAUUACCGAAAACGUGCGUUCGCCAACUUGACUUUUCAAUUUUAACAUGGGAAUAUUUGCGGAACUUAGACAAAGCAGGAUUUAUUGAAAUCAGCCAACAUGCGUGACGGCUCAUCAGCUGUGUCCUGCAGCUUCACAGCAUAAAUACUGAGCGAGAAGUAUACAGCAGUUUGAAUGCAUGCAGAAGAUCAGUCCAAAACAGUAAGAUCAUGAUUUAAGGUAAUGUAGGCUAAUAAAUAAUAUUAGUAAUUUGAAAACAGUAUGAGAAGGCUACUGGAAGAACGCUAACAAACUAAAAGGAAGGAGGAAUGUGAAAAUUAAGGAGCUAUGGGUUGCCACGUCAUUUCUGUUAUGAAGCGACAUGACUCAGUUGAUAAGCCGUCAUCCGAUUCUUUGAUAUAAAUAAAUUCUGCUUUGUACGCUUGUUUUAACUUCGUAGCGGUGGAAAAAACUUUCAACGUUUUAAUCAAAUUUAGGUAAUGUCACAUGCAUGGAUAUUUUAGAGAUUGGAGCAAAUAGGCGGGUCACAGGAUGCAUUAGACUUGGCGGAAGGCACCAACCUCGGGACCGGUCUCUGUCCCUCAUUAAGCCUCCAACGUCCUCCAUGUACCUUUUGAUACAUAAAAUCCACUUUAUAUGCUGCCAUGGCUAGUUGCUUUCUUAAACAUUUUACUCAUUUUAGGAGUUCGAUGAGGAUGAGGAGAAUCCUGAUCGAAUAACAGCUGUUCUGGCCUCCGACCAGCAUCUCUUUAUCGGCACUGGUUCUGGAACCGUUUUCAUCUACAAAAUGCUCACAUGGCAGUCUUUGAGGCGUACGAAUUCACUCCGUUUGACCAUUUUUGUCAUCUAUUUUUCCAACUGCCCUGGCAAUUUUGAGUUAAAACAUGUUGGGAGUGCCUACACUCCCAAAAACGGGAGCCAGCCAAUCACUUUAGGCCACGUGCGUUGUCUCUACAGCGCUGUCAUUGUACUCGUGGCGCCUCUCCAUUGGCUUUUCCCCUUGGGCCUGAUCGACCUGCGUAUUCGAAUUAUCGACCAGCUCGUCUGGAAUGUUCUUUCUGAAGGGCAUUGGGCCAAAUGCCGGCGAACCACAGUAGGGCGUUAUAAAUAUGCGUUAACUCCAAAUAAUCUUGAUUUGCAAUUUCGUAAUACACAUUUUCGUGGCCGGUCGCGUUCUCCUUCUCUGCCGCGUUAGUAUUGGGGAUAGGAGUCGGGUACGCAUACGCUCCCACGUGCUUUCAAGUACCAGGCAGGGUCAUGACAUAACAGGCGUUAAACUCCCGACAAGAAUGAUUUGUCAAGGAUUUCAGCGUGGUCAAGUUAUUUUCUGUUCUACUUCAUGGGAGGAGUGUCAGCUGCAGACAUUUAUGUGCGUGGGUAUGGUAAACAUUUACCGUCUAUCCGUCAGCUUCGUCGAAGUUCACUCUUAUCAAGUCCUGACCGAACUUUAGCAGAUUCACUCUUCUAUGUAUGCAGUAAUUUUGGUUUAGAAACUGCUGUUACCAUGCUGGCGGAAAAAUUAUGAGUUCUUAGUUUGCUACUUAUUGUGCCUGAGUACUUGGUAUUUUUCACGCUUUAGUGAUCGGCAAAUGGUAGGUCUUUUGCUUCCACCGUUCGGGCAGCGGGAAGACAUGGGGGGGGGCGGUAGUUGUUCUAGCUCGGCGGAUAGUACGCUCGCCGGUCUUCGGCAACAUUGUCGUUUCCGGACGGAUGGAUGGGGGGGAAGGUAGGCGAGUUUCGGUAACAUCCUGCCUAAGAUGUAGGCAGAAUGGCAUCACCGAAAAAGACAAGGGAGACUGGAAUGGUCGCUUCUGGCUCAUUGGCUGUUUUCAGCCAGGCAUAUUCGACAUUGAGGUGUGAAACUCCUAGUAGGGGCGCCCUUUAACCAGAUCGCAUCCGAAAGGGCAACGAGUCCCUGGUUCAGUGGUUAGAGGUGUUGGACUUCUAACCAACAAGUCGCGGGACCGAGCCCCAGAUGUUCCACACUUCGGGGUUGCGUAUGACUGGCUGACGACGGCACGUGAGCCAAAAAUGGCCAUCCCAGUCUCCCUUGUCUUUGUCGGCUAUAACACUGCCUAUAUUACACGCCGCUGUGCGGCUGUUGACGAGGCUCGGGAGAGAGUCCCAAGGCCCAACGGGACGAUCGCAGCGCGAUCGGUGAGCGCUCUUCUACCGCUGCCUAAGACGGUGUCGAACACGUCAAAACGCAACUAAUUUAUGACUCUGAGUGGUUUUAGGACAACCUGGACGUUUACAUGCCUAUUUUGGACGCAAGAAUCCCUCUGUUAGCAGACAUUAAUUGGGCCGCACGCGUGCACUAAGACGUCGCGCUAGCUCGAUGGAACUGACUGUGCUGAUUGGUUGAUUGACUUCGUCGCAGAUACAUUGCCCGGCCGAAACGGCCGGACUUGCCUCUCCCCUUUGUUUUAACUCGUGACUUCAUUCUACUUUCAUUCCCUCAGCACACAUAGGAGUGGUGUUCAUAAAAUGCAAGCCGAAUUCGCAAAGCUCUAAUUCUAUUCGUGGAUUUCUUUAAUGACCUACCAUCUUGCACAAAGAAGUAGGAAGAGCAAGACUGCCUUAGACGAGCUGAUGCUAGAUCAGCCUGUGAUCCUACUACAGGGCGUGACCGAUCUCAUGAAAUGUUGGCGGAAAUUCUGAAGUGCGUUUUCGAUUAGGAAGGAUUUUCGAGGUGGUGUUGUAACGCUGAUUAUCAUGCGACAUAAUCUUAUAGUAUUUCUGACUCGUGAGGAUGUCGGUUAUUAAAUGCACUUCUUUUCGACCUCCUGCAGAAACCAAACUUGGUAAAAGAAAUAACUACUUAAGUAGCAUGCAUUUUUCACACUGACUUUCGAUGGCCUUAUUCAUUUGAAUAUAUUUUAUAGAAAACAUGCAUAUAAAUAUGCUUUCUUCUACUCAUCUAGUAGGAGAUCACAUUUCGUUACAAUUUAUACCCUAAGAAAGUGUGUAUUUAGGUUUUAAAGAACUUUUUCAAUUCCCGAAUAAUUUUGAGCCAGAUCAGCCGUCGCAGUAGCACUUAGCGAUUUCAGUUUGUAAGGUGAAUCCUUAACACGUAAGAAAAGUUAUAUAUUUCUCUGUGCCUUUAAGAAGAUAUCAUAUAGAGUUCAUAAAACUUGGCAAUGAACGCGGACUAUGUUGUACAUUUCAUAAGAAGCAUUGGUAAACGUAGAGAUGUACCGACAGUUCGUCCGUCGAUUUCGACGAUGACCACCGUGUGCCCCACAGACUGCAUUGUGGGAGCAGGGACGGUGACUUACGCAGGGGUUUAUAGUGCCAGUAGACUUGCGUAGCAUCAACCUACACUCUCUCCUCCUCCCCCGCCUGGGCCCGGUGUCAAGACAGAGUCAUGAAGACCGGAGACCGGGGGAGGCCGCAGGUGGAUGGCUCGGACGGAUCUUCGCCUUGGCGCUCCACUCCGCACCCCUGGUCCACACACCAAGACCAGGAUUUUGACCACUAAACAAUGGGGUGGAGGCAGUGGUCCAGUUGUGGGACGAAUGCCGACAACAGGGUCCGCUAGCGUAGAGAUGUAAAGCUGUAUAUAUGGACAUCGCACGGUCCUAAAAAUUUCACAAUCAGAAACUUUUUAAACCCAAAGUAUACACUUCCUUAGGGCAUAAAAUGUAAAUGCAGUUUGAUUUUCUACCAGAUGAGUGAAAGAAAACAUGUUUUUAUGCAUGUUUUCCGUAAAUAUAUUUGAAUUUACAAGAUCAUCGAAAAUAAGUGUGAAAAUGUGUGCCACGUAACUAGUCAUUUUUUAUCGAGUGUAGUUUUGGUAGGAGGUCGAAAAACAGCGCAUUUAAUAGCCAACAUCCUGUUGAGUCAUAAAUACUAUAAGAUUAUGUCGCAUUCUAAUCAAUGUUACAACCCCAGCUAGGUAAUCCUUCCUAAUGGAAAACGCAUUUCAGAAUUUUGACGAGCAUUUCAUGAGAUCGGUACGCACUGUAUUCAGGUUACGAGAUCCGCGCAGAUUUGCGUCAAUCUCGUUAGGCCAGCAGGACGUCGCUUUCAAGCCCAUCUGUACUAUCCUUUUCUCUGUUCCUUACUUAUGUUUUGUAAGUAGUAUUAUCAGUACGCCUAUAUCAUGGUUUGUGGUCUGAAAAGCCAUGUUCGUACUGUACCACUGCCACAUUUUUUGCAUUAAGCUCAUCCUCAGAGGCGAUCCCUUUCACUGAGACGCAGCACCACGCUCUCCACAAUGUCCUUGAACGGUGAAGCCAACAGCAUCUACGACAGCGACGUCGACGCAGCCAGCUCUCCGCUGACUCAGCCAAUUGAUGACGCUGAUGGUACGCUUGCCCUCUCUGGAAGUGUAAGCUCUUUUUAAAGUCGUUUCAGUCAUCUACCUCGUUCUGUUUAUCCUUCAAGAAUCAAUAAUGCCCACUUGGAUGAAUUCCCGAAGAUGCAGUCUACACGAAGACCUUUUUCGGACUAGACGUGAUCCCUUUGCAUGCGGGUAAUCAAGGACCCUGGUAAUCUGGUCUGUUUGUGGAUGGCCCUUCGCGGCUGAAGGAUGUCAGUCAGCUUCCGGAUCAGUCAGUGGCGGGGAAGCUUGCCGUUCUAGUCUCAGACGUUUCACGCUCAGGAAAACACACGGCGAAUCGAGGCCUGCCGCGAUCUCUGCGAAUUCAAUGUGCGUGCUCAAGUCAACUUUUGCGUUUGGCACACACUGUGUGUAUGUGUGCACGGGAGAGCUUAGAGAUAUACAAAGACAACCUACGGUAGAUGUGCUAACGCAUGAAAUCGGAGGGAAAAGAAGUGAUCACCGGAUCGGAGAGCUGACCGGCUCUCUAUUAUCAAAACGUUUAUUGCAAAAGAUCGGCCAGGCAGCCGAAUUGGUUGACCUUGGGCUGAUCGAUUUUUUUCUCUUCUUUUGCUGCCUUAGCCCACUGGCCGUCGUUUGUGAGUAUUAGUGGCCCCCUGUAUUGUGUGUCGUCACCUCAGUAAGGGUGAGGAUUUCACUUUUCUCAGAUUAUCGACCCGGAUCUCUUACGUUUGCUAACCCGAACUCAGGAAAUGUUAACCGAAAUACUCAAAUUCGUUUUUGCCUCGAAAAGAUUACUUAAGUAGGGUUCUAAAGUUAAUCACCGUACAGCAUAACUCUAUGAUGAUUCAGUUACCUCGGGAUGCCUGCUUUUAAACGGACCUCUUUGCGGCCGCAUGCAAAACCAUACUUUGCAAAAAUAACUACUUAAGUAGCAUGACUUUUUCUCAUUGAUUUUUGACGCCCUUUUUUGGAAAAACCGUACAAAAGUAUUCAUUUUUUCGCUCAUUCGUUAGUAAAUUACGUCUUCUAAUUUAUUACUCGAACAAAGGGCAUCAUCCGGUUUUUGAAAAGUUUCUAAUUACCGCGAAAUUCCCGUUCAUAAAACUUCGUGUCUCCGUAUUUAUCAACGUGUCUUGUAAAGUUGACAAUAUGGCUGAAAUCCAAUGCUAAAUUUUACGAACCCCAUACAGUCGCCUCCUAAUACCGUAAAUAAAUGUGUGGUUUUCCGUACGCGGAAAAUAUACAGCUUGUAGUUUGGAAGCUCUGAAUACAAGUGUAACGGCAGGUAGGGUUCAAAAUUAAUCGGGAAUUGUAUAGGUUUUAAAAAACGGAAUUUUAGCCUUCCUUUGAGUACAAAAGUGGGAGAAGACGUGAUUUUUUACCAAAUGAGUGAAAGAGUAAAUAUUUUUACAUAUGUUUUCUGCGAAAUCUAAUUGCAUUUUGAAGGGCAUCAAAAAUCAAUUAGAAAAAUUCAUGCGACUUUAUUGUUAUUUUUUACUGAGUUUGGUUUUGUAUGCAGCCGCAAAGAAGUCCAUUUGAAAGCCGGCAUCCUGAGGUAACUGAAUUAUUAUAGAAUUAUGCCGCAUGAUAAUUAAUCUUAAAACCGUAAUCAAGUAAUAUUUUUGAAACGAACAUGCAUUUCAGAAGUUCGGCUAACAUUCCAUGAGUUAGCACACCUGCUGUAGGUUAAAACGUGAACGAAUUUAUGGUGGUAACAAUAACAGUAACAGUACUCCCGCAGUAUUAUAAUAAUCAACUUAUUCGGAAUUUGAUUUUGAGCACCAUCGGUGGGUCGCUUCCCAGACGUCCUAAUGAAACCCCAGACGUGAAUCUCUUCUUUGCCGAUGUCUGCACGGCACAGCCCUGCAACUUGGCGAAAGACCAGCUGGUACAGUCUGUAGCCGAGUUUUCGAAAAGUAAAUUUGAAAGUAAGCAGCAUAGGAACCUGCACGGCCAUUCUUUCUACAAAAGAAAGUGGGAUUGUAUUCCUAGCCUAGCCGAAAGCCACCAAAAGACCUUCUCUGCUGGAGGAAGAAGUUUGUCUCGAAGGGAAUUCUUUCAGAAACUUUGGGUGCCUCGACAGGUUCGGCUGCACAGCGGCUACCAUCCGCCUAGCCUUGAGUUCAAAGAGAAAGCUUUGUUUUGCAGUGAUUCCAACACGAACAAUCUCCAAUCACACAUAAACCGGCCAAAAUGUGUCUACGAAAACUACUAAUUAAUAAUGAGCAACUUUAAGCAGAGUGAAAACACAAAAUAAAUAGAAAAGUCAUUUGGUGAAAAUACGCGAACAAUACACAAACACAUGCCUGCCUGGCAAGGUAGAAGUGAAAAUCGAUGGAUUUCGAGUUCAAUUCUCGAAAAUCUAAUCGAUACGAACCAUCAAACCGACACUAAAGAAGCUUUUAAAGUUAUCUACCGGACACCGGUACACUACUCUAAAGGCCUGCGCAAACGGGUGCUGGCCGCAGCCGGAGCAGUGGCCUUUCGACUAGCGAACCCAGCACUCUGUUGUCAGACGACGCUGACACAAGCAGUCUGCCUGUCCUGACUGACUCCAGCCGAUGGUCGCACGCCGUCCCGACGCCUUGAAAUCAGUCACACGCACUCACAGCGCUUACAAUCUAACCGGAACCCCUCUUCUUCCCCCCCCCUCCCACCAACCCAACUCCACCGUCCUCAACACGCUGACUCUGUCAUGCGGGCGGCGUGGAAACAUGGAGUCCGAUUAACCCUGCCCCUAAGACGCAUUUAUAUCCUGCCUACAAUUAGAAUGAUCAUUAGUUAUGUAAUUGUACCGGCCUGAUGGUGAGUUGCUGAAAACAUAUGUUCGCCAACUGACUCUUCAAACGUAAUAUGGGAAUUUUCGCUGAACAAAAUAAAUAUUAAGAGUAAUGACAGAGGGGUGCUCGCCGAUCGUUUCUACGGGACUCAGCUAUCCCGUUGUGCCUUACGGGCUCUCUCUCGAGCCCAACCAGCAUUCGCACAGCUGUGCAUGAUAUAGACAGAAUGGUAUUACCGACAAAGACAGGGGGGCUGAAAUGGCCAUUUCUGGCUUAUUAGCCGUCGUCAGCUAGUCAUACCCAACCCCAAAGUGUGAAACACCUGGGGCUUGAUCCCGCGACCUGUUAGUUGGAGGUCCAGCGCCGAUCACCAACUGAGCUAGAAAAAUAUGAACUUCAGUUGCGCUUGAGAAUUAACUUGCCAUUAUACAGAACACUCUGAGAGAAAACAGCUAUACCGACUAUCAAUAAAUACACGUACUGACAGUCUCCAAAAUCUGAUUUGUCGAUGACUGAGAGAAAGUUUUGAAGAAGGAGACACGAUCGCCGGGACAGGAGCUUUAUUAGCCUGACGUUUCGGAUUCCUACUCGAAUCCAUCAUCAGAGACAAAAGAGCAGAAACGGGUGGUUGUUGCACAAGGGGCUGCGGUAUUUAUAGGAUGCGGCAGCCAUGCUACCGCAUGCCUAUGAACGUUCACGGCUUCCCCCUUCAUCCGGGAUUGUCGCACUCGGUGUGAUCACUGCUUGAUGGCCGACAUUCGAGUCGAUAAUUGCCGCAAUUUCAUCACGUGCGUUGGAUGUUGGCGCGAUGAUUGCUCGACCAUCUGAUGCGUUGACCCGGGUGUUGGGAAGAGUGUUCACCUCUGCGCUCUCCGCAUGGCUUGUUACUCCGCCUAGGCGAGGUUUUAGCACGCUGUAUGGAGUGGGUAAAUCGUUGCACUUGUUGAUGGACUGGGGGCCAGUAAACCAUGAUUCCAGUAGCUCCCGGCUCACUCGGUUGUCACCUCUUGCGAGAAUUUCGGCUUCAUCGGAUUUAAAUGUGUGGCUGGAUGGCGUCGAAUGAGCCGCAACUUGAGAGCUGGCGUCAUAUCUGCGCACCGCUGCCGCGUGUUCGGCCAUUCUCGUUUGGAGCUGUCUUCCGGUUUCUCCGACGUAGUUGCUUUGUCCGCAACUGCACCAGAUCCGAUAAACGACUCCAGACGUUUCCAGCCGUGGCAGUGGGUCUUUCGGUUUCAUGAUCAGACGCCUGAUGGUUGCCUCCGGUCUGUGUGCCACUCCAACCCCAAGUGGUGCGAGAAGGCGGCCGACAGCUUCCGAAACGUUCUUGACAUACGGAAGUGCCCGCCAAGACUUGGUGUCCGUGCGGUUAGGCCUUUCGUCCCUUUUGCGUAUGCACCGGUAGACGAAGUUGCGCGGGUAGCCAUUGGCUUUGAAGACCCGUCGGAGGUAUUGUAGUUCAGCAAUUUUGUCUUCCGGCUCACUGCAGUGCGUUUCGACACGCCGAUAGAGCGUCCUUACACAACUGCGUUUGUGGCUGAUUGGGUGGUUACUGUUGAAGUUCAGUACUUGCAUCGUAUUUUUCGCUUUCCUGAACACUUUGGUUGUUCUCUUCCUCCUCCAUCGUAAAUUGAAUGUCCGGGAAGACGGCGUUGAGAUGUUCUUGGAAUGUCAACACCUGAUCCCGUUCGAUGACGACGAAGGUAUCAUCCACAUACCGGGCCCAGAAUUUCGGUCUGUGGUGUUGGAAGACCAGCGACUCUAACCGUUGCAGGACCGCCUCGGCGAUGAAUCCCGAAAUCGGCGAACCCAUUGGUGUACCCUUCACCUGUUCGUAGAUUGUCCCGUCGAACGUGAAGUACGUCCUCAGACAGAGCUUCAGGAGCUGAAGGAUUUGGGCGUGUCCAAGACGGUUCUCCGUUUCAUCGUAUUCGCUUUGCAGAUGCAGCUCGAUAGUCUCGAUCGCCAGGUCCUGGGGAAUAGAAGUAAAAAGGGAUGUAACAUCAAAAGAUACCAUGACCUCAUUUGGAUGGAUGCUUACCCCUUUGAGUUUCUCCAGGAUUUGUGCUGACGAAGAGACCGUGGUGUCUGACUCAGCGGCCAGGAACUUGAGACGCCGGAACAGCCACUUCGCCAGUCCGUACAUUGGAGUCCCUUUGAGCGACACGAUGGGUCGGAGAGGAGCGCCGUCUUUGUGCACCUUAGGGAGGCCAUAGAAUCGGGCCAAAGCCGUAUCUUGGGGUCUCGCCAUGAGAGGAAGUUAUUUCUCGCACUGCCAUUUCGAGGGGAGCCGUCAUCGCCGAAACGCUGCUAUCGCACCCCAUGUGCACAGCUACUAAGAUAAGAUUAGUUUUCAGAAACACUUCGCGUCUUUGCCUUGAAAGUAAGGAUGGACUGUCUUGUCAGACCUUCACAGUGCGUAUCUACGCCUUCACCUGCUCCUGCGGGGCAGGCUAUAUUGGUCGCCAAUCCAAGCGGAUAUGAGAGCACCAUCCUGCCCGGCUAAAUAAGGAUUUGGAAAAAACCAUCUCUAGCGCAGCUGUGGCUCAUUUUUUUGACAGCAAUCAUCGGGUAGACGUCAGUCAGCCAUUCCGGGUCCUCUAUAAAGUGCCCGCAAGACACUCCAAGUUCUUCAGUCAGCGGAUAUUUGCGACGGCAGAGGUAGUGGUCAUGCGGUUAGCCGACCCAACGCUAGGCUCCCGUAGGCGAGGACAAACACAUUAUGCAUAAGUGCGCUUAUCAACGUGUCUUCAAUUUUUUUUGCCACUUACAGUAGGUGGGCUAAAUCCUGAAAUGUCAACCGAAACUCCGAAAUGCGUUUUCUUUUGGAAAAGAGUAAUUACAUUGUGUUGUAAAACUAGUCAUCGCGUAGCAUAAAGCUAUAAUAUUUCAGUUCUCCCAGGAUGCCAGCUUUCGAAUGAAUGUCUUUUCGGCUGCACGCAAAAAUCGAGCCACUUAAGUAGCAUGCAUUUUUUUCAUUGAUUUUCGAUGUCCCUAAAAGACCAAACAUAUUUCACUGAAAACGUGCAUUAAAAUAUUCAUUCUUUUGCUCAUUCGGUAGAAAGGUAUGUCUUCUUUUAAGUUCAAGCUCAAAGGAGGGAUAUAAUUCAGUUUUGAAAAAAGUUUCUAAUAGUGAGACUUUUAAAUACUGUGAGAUGACCGCUCAUAAAUCGUCAUGUAUCUGCAUUUACCAAUGUGGUUUAUUAAGUUAACAAUAUAGACCAAAUUGACCACUAAAUUUUAUGAAACCUAUAUUGUAGCCCUAUAUUUAAAUAGAGAAAUGUGUGGGUUCCCGUACGCGAAAAAUAUGCGGCGUGUAGUUUGCAAACCCUGUAUCAAAGUGUGACGGUAGAGCGGGUUCACAAUUAUUCGGGAACUGAAAAAGUCUUCAAGAACCGAAGUAUACCCUUCCUUUGAGUAUGAAAUUUGACGAAGACGUAAUUGUCUACCGAAUGAGUGGAAAACUAAAUAUUUUUAUGCAUAUUUUCUGUGAAAUAUAAUUGACUUUUUAAGGGCGUCGAAAAUCAGUGUGAAAACUGCAUGCUUCAUAAGCAGUCAUUUUUUCCAGAGUGAAGUUUUUGCUUGCAGGACGAAGAAUAUUCCUUCGGAAGUGGGCCUUCUGCGGUAACUGAAAUAUUAUAGAAUUGUAUCGCAGACUGCCUACUUUUACAACCCUACUUAAUAAAUCUUUUCAAGACGAAAACGCAUUUCGGAAUUUUGGUUGAUAUUUCAUGGGUUAGCCCACCUAGUGUAUGUAUUCACACCCACCACGGCGCUGUGCAGCUAAUGGCCAGACACCUUCCCCUCCCCCUGCCUAAGCCUCUGACAGAACUUAAAUCUGACCCCUGAUCUCUGAACGCCCCUAAACCCUCUCCCCCCAUACCGAAUUUUAUUGGUCGUUUAACGCUUACCCCUCUGCCCUCCAUUGUACUAUUGAGCAGGCCUGAUGACGAGUAAUCGGAAGCGUACGCUUGCCAAACUUGACUUCUUAAUAGUUCGCAUGGGCUUCAUCGCUGCACAUACUACUAUAUUAUUUAUAAAUAACGAUUUUUUGUCAGAAAAGCGGCGCUGCCGAAAACGCCAAAAAUCGUGUCGAAUGAUUUCGCUUAAGUUUAAUAGUACAACAGCCUCUCUACGCAAGUUACUGAGUAAAGAAAUCGUCAGAUACAGAAUACGACUUGAAAAUAGCAUUUUAGUUCAGUCUGUACACAAAUAUCCUCAAAGACGUAUGUGUAAUAUCGGGUAUGACACUUGGUCAGUAGUCUAGGUUUUAACGAAGAUAUGCUGUAAUUUUUAAACUUUACAUUGUCUGAGAUGCGGCUGGCUAUGGCCAAGAGGAUUUCGUUGAAUUUCACCGACAGAGUCGUCAUUGGAAGAAUAGUUUUCAUAAUAUCCCAUGCUGACAGACUGGUCAAUCAUUAAGAGAUCUGAAUGGAAUUAGCAGGCGCAAUCAUGUUGAGUGCAUCGAGAGAACCUUUCUCCUGUAAAGUUACUGUUUAGUUUUCGGUAACGGUAAAGGUCUUGGUGUUUCAGGAGGUCCUUGAAGUACCGGCGAAUACUUUAUGGAUUUUAGUGUUCCAAGUUGACUGCCCGCAAAGAUAGGCUUUUUUGCUGUGUGUUUAUCAAACACUUCGAAAUAAGAUAUUUAUUGGACGCAUUUACUAAAAAAGCAGAUUCUUUAGCAGUCUUUCUAAUCCAGAUGGCCGUUUUGGCCAUAUUUGUAGACUCAUCCAAGCAUGAGAUCUCACCUCGGGAAUAACUGGAUAUGAAGAACGAAAGUCCGCACUAAAUAUUCUCUAGACCAACUAAAAAAACUCCCUCUAUUUAGCUGCCACUUUAAAGACUUCCUUAACAAGGCAUUUCGCUGACGGAUGUCCAAAUGUUUUAUCUUUUUCCAAGACGAAUUCCGAAAGAAAACUGGCCCCUUGUCUGGAUAUUUACUUACCUGAAAAACACCAAUAAUUUUCCUGUUCCAAGCGAAAAAAUUCGCGUUUCGUUUUACAUUUAAGCUAUUUUCGGCAUUUUACGUUCUGCAUGAGUAAACCAAGAUAAUACUAAAACUACCAAGGCUCUCCGUUUUCACCAGGCAAAAGUAGCUUACUAGUUGCUCAAACGUUACCAUAGCCAUUUAAUGAUGGGCCUUUUAACGGUUACUUAUGGAGUAUUUGCAGAUGGCUGGAAAAUAUCACUUAUCCUAAACUAAUUGUUGCUUGUAGUCAUGAAACCGCACAGAUAGCGUCUGAUGGCUUAUGUUCUACUUCUUUUGAUUUGCGUGGAAGAAGAAAUUAAUUUUUAGGCGUGGCAAGUUUUGUUUGAAAAAAUCACUCAGCCCUCAAAGGAAAACAUUUGGUUGCGCAAACUUGGAACUCAUUUAAGAAAUUGUUCGAAUAUAAGAUAGCGUUGAUUUUGGUCUGGGUUGCUAACAAUUUGUGCGAUAAAAGAACCUAAAAACAUAUCCUGCGUAAGAAGGGUAGUUCUUGGGACAAAUAAGCGAGUGCGUGAAAUUCAGACUGUUGCUACUAAUGUGGUGAAUUGUCCGAAUCUGGGGCAACGUAAAUAUAACCCAAAUUCGUAGACAUUAUGUGCAACAGAAUUGUCUCAAAAAUUACUUCUGGGUAAAAAGAGCAUUGGAAACUUCUUGCAUACUGUUGACAUUGCUGUAGGAAAACGAACUCAAACGCUGAAGCAGAACAUCAGUCAUACAGUAGGUGGGCUAACUCAUGAAAUGCUGACCGAAAUUUCGAAUACGUUCUCGUUCCGAAGAGACUAAUUAAGUAGGGUUGUCAAACCAAUCAUCAUGCAGUCUAAUUCUUUAGUGAUCCACUUUCUUCCGGAUGCCGGCUUUUGAACGAAUAUCUGUCCGGCUGCACGCAAAAACCACACUCUGCAGGAAAUUACUACGCAAUUGGCAUGCAUUUUUUUCAUUGGUUUUCGAUUCCAUUGAAAAUGCGAUUAUAUUUCAUCGAAAACAUGCAUGAAAAUAUUCAUUCUUUUCCUCAUAAAGUAGAUAAUUACGUCUUCUUUUAAUUUUAUACUCGAAAGAAGGGUAAAAUUCGAUUUUUAAAAAACUUUUCUAAUUCGUAAAUAACUUUGAACCCGACCUGCUGUUACACUGGCUUUAAGGGUUUCAAAACAACAAGCCGUAUGUUUUUUCGUGUACGGAAAACAAUGCAUUUCUCUGUGGUAUUAAGAGGAGACUAUGGGGGGUUCAUAAAAUCAGGCAGUGAAUUGGAUCAAUAUUGUUAACUUUAAACGUCACAUUCGUAAAGGCAGACACAUGACGUUUGAAGAACGGCCAUUUCACGGUAUUAAAUAACCUCUCAAUUAGAAACUUUUCUGAAAUCGAAUUAUACCCUUCUUUCAAGUAUAAAAUCAGGAGAAGACGUCAUUUUCUACCGAAUAAGUAAAAGAAUGAAUAUUUUAAGUAUGUUUUCUGUGAAAUAUAACUGAAUUUUUAUGGGCAUCGAAAAUUGAGGGGAAUAUUGCAUGCUACUUAAAUAGUUAUUUAUUACAUAGUAUAUUUCUUGCGUGCAGUCGGAAUUAAGUUCAUUUUUAAAGCCAGCACCCUGAGUUAACUGGGUCAUUAUAGAAUUAUGUUGCAGUAUGAUUAAUUUUACAACCCUUAUCAAUUAAUCGUCUCGAAACGAGAACGCAUUUCGAUAUUUCGGUUGACAUUUCGUGAUUUAGCUGACCUACGAUAGGCCCUUCUCGCUGAUUCGACAGAGUCCACGCUUGUCAUUUGAUUAUUCGACUUAGGCAGAAAGGAGCCGUCCUUGCCUGCCUGCUGGGCCGUAAGAAAUUGCUUGCGAUGGGGAUUCAGAAGCGACUUCAUUUCGUCCCCAUCUUCCAACCUGUUCCAUAAAAACCAUCAGUCAUCGCCCCUGACCGCAUCCUCGUGCAUUUGUUUUUUUUUCUUGUAGACCACACCUAAAUCAAGAAACAGACCACCGCGAAGUUUCUUGACACCCCCGGCGUGCACGCAAAAGACCCUGAACCUGCUCCUUUCCUCUCGAUGCAAAGUCACUGAAUCUCCCGUGCGGGCUUUCAUCAAACUGAAGUAAGCGCCCUGUCAGUUUAAAUUGUCGACAGAGUUUUAAAUUAGCAAACAAAUGCCUACUCUUUACUAGUAAUUGGAUAGCGACGCUGCAUCCCAGCUAUCGUCAAUCAGCCAAGGUCCACCCCCUACGACAUAGGAUCUGGGUCGGGGGGGGGGGACGGGUUGGAUCCUGAUCCACUUGCUUGCCGAACAAGACGCUCUACGAACUGAGCAACAGGCUUGUGCCCAACCAGUUGUGUGUCACCCACAACGGACCUUGCCGAAUGCGUAUUGUUCAUAAUGACCCAACUGUGAAAAACUCGGCGCCUCGGUGGGAUUCGAGCCCACCGCAGUAAGGGGAAGGCCUUAGUACAGCCAACGUUCAAAUCACUUGAGCUACGAUGCCCCGUCGAGCGACGCGAGUUAAAUCACAUUUGGGUCAAUUUUACCCGUCGAACCUACUGCAACGUCUGAAAUCCAUUAAAUCUGAUUCAGUAAGCUGACUGCCCAAGCAGGAUUUCUUCAGUAAUUCACCUAGAAUCCACCAGAUGUCCACCAGGCUCACGUAAUUCAUAGAUGUUUUGGCAGAUUUUGCAUAAUUCAUAUGUGUUUGCGUUUCUUUUGCUGGCAACCACAUGCGCCGUAAUUUAUUUACUUUCUCGAAAAGACCUUCUUAUCCUUUUUGUCGUGUCGUUACCCACAAUACAACGCAUACUGUAAGGCUCGCAGGCUGUGAUUUAGUUUAAUCUGUUUUCGUUAAAACACAAACGCUAGGCUUCAUCGCAUCUCCAGACGGUUUCUAUUGCCGAACGCGUACGCCGAAAGUUAUUCAAUUCUUCAGGAAUACUUAUGCCUAGUCACUCGCAUAAGCGAUAAUGAGACGGCUAAAAUUAUUCGACUUUAUGCACAACAAAUUCACUAACAAAUGGUCAUUAAAUCACUUUAAGGGAGGAUUCCUUUGGGUUUUUGUUUAAGAAGCUGUUGCAUGGGAUAUGCUUACGCAAUAUGCGACAGGAAUAUUUCUCACACCUGUUUUAGUCCAACGCUGUCUGUGCCAAACCAUAGAAGAUAUCGAACUUCGUCUGCAUGGAUCGAUAUUGUACGACCUGACAUCGGUCCUUUUUCGUGGAGCUACUGUUUUACUCUGCGUUAGUAGAACGUAAUCGCAUUGGUGUGCUUUCCUUAAAAGGCUUGGUGUGACUGAGUUUAAAGUUUUAAUAUCGAUGCGUUUGGCGUCCGGAUCGGCAUUUUGCCGCAUAAGGUAGCAGUCCACCUGUUCGGCAGUAUUCCAUCACCUUCUUUGAGUCUAUAGCUUCGCUCAUUUCUUUCGCCUUCCUUGACAAAUCAAACUGCGGUUGUCUGACUCUCCUUCGACUAAAUCAGCGCCUUUCUGUCGAUACCAGUCGUGGCUUAGAAAGUCGCCGGCUUACAGGACGGUCCGGCCUUCCCCUCAGGACUGAGAAACGGGCUAGGUCUCCAGGAUUACUGCGAAAUCCAGUGUCUUGGCCAGCUUGCGGUUUAAUACCUUGAAUAGGACUCUAUGCCUCUUUUGGAUGGAGCAGUGUUGAAUCUCAAGCAUCGCUAGUUUGAGGUGAUGCAUUUGGAGCCUGACCAAAGUUUGCGGACUUGACAUCGCCAUGGACCACACAGCCCGCAGGGUAAAUGUCGGGUGUUUCAUAGUUUCGGUAAGAUUCUCUGCAAGACGACACUGGGAGUCUACUUCCACGAUAAUUUGGGCGUCCACCAGGGGUGCCGCGACCCCUGUCCCCACCGCCAAAUCUAGGUCCAGUGGCCCACUUGACUUCAGAGUCAUCACCUCGGCUAAAGCCACCGGAAGAAGGGCCCUUAGUUUAUUUGAGGGAAGUGUAGGUCUUCACCUUUGAAAUGCAUUGGAAUUAUUUUUAAAUAUUCAGCAGAGCGCUUUCACAGAUUGUCUGUUUCCGUAAUCUGCUGUUGUGAAUAAGGCAAGGUAAGACAGGCUGAUCAUCGGAGCGACUUGUUUGUCUUGUCUGUGCGUUCGAACUCAUAAAGGAGCCCAUUGUCGGAACUAAAAACAGCGACAAAACAGGCGACAAUUAUAAGGGCAACUCAAAAUCGAUAAAUCGAUCGACUGGGUUCUCACUGACGCCCAGGCUUCGUUCAGUUUAGUUUUAUUGAGGGAAAUGUAGGUUUUUACCUUUUAACUCCCUAUUUGUUUACAAGCAACUGAAGGUAUCGUAAAAGUAACAAAUAAUCGGACAAGCGUAAUAAAACAACACUAGCAAACUGCUCGAACGAAAUGCUAGACGUUGUCGGUCAGGCGGCAUUAUGACGUUUGGUGGUAAACUGUUCCAGGCUUUUAAACGCAAGUUGGACCAGUGCACCACCAAACGUCAUAAUGCCACCUGACCGACAACGUCUAGCAUUUCGUUCGGGCAGUUUGUUAAUGUUGUUAUAUUACUGCCUGUAUUUCAGUAACGUUUGUUUUUUAUUAUUGUCCAAUGUCUGUUGAAUGUGUGUUGGCAUCUAAUUCGUCUCCCUCAGAAACUGAGAUAGCACCAACUAUCCAUAGACAGACUACUGUACAGCACACUUAGUAACGUUAAUGUUUUUAACUCUUGGAACAAUUCGUUUAUCUGUCUGGUUCGAAAACUUUACCAAUCUGAAGACACUGUAGCUGUUUGAUGUUUCCAUUUCAACUUUUUGAUAUAUUUCGCUUCCUCGUAACAAAUAGGGAGUUCAAAGGUUCAACACCUAUAUUUCCCUCAAAUAAACUGAACUUAACUGAAGCAUCAACUCUGUGCAGAUUAAAGAACUUUCUCAAGUGUUCAUUGUACGAGCACUAGUAUAGUAGUCGUUUGAAUGGACAUUGCGCGGUCUAAAAAAUCUCCAAUAAGGAACUUUUUAAAACCUAAUUAUACUCCUUCCUUGGGUAUAAAAUAUAAAGAAGACGUGAUUAUCUAUUAUUUAACUGAAAGAAAGCAUAUCUUUGUGUAUAGUUUCUAUAAGAUAUAUUCGAAUUUUCAAGACCAUCGAAAAUCAAUGGGAAAAUGCAUGCUACUAAAGUAGUCGUUUUCAUCGAAUGCGUUUUCUACAGGAGAUUGAAAAGCAGUGUAUUCGAAAGCUGACAUCCUGCCGAGUCCGAAAUGUUGCAGGAUUAUACAGCCAGAUAAGUACUAUAAGAACGGCGACCAAGUAAUCCUCUCUAACAGAAAACGCAUUUUGGAAUUUCAGUCCACAUUUCAUGAGAUCGGUCGCUCACUCUACAUAUCCAUUGGAGCGAAAUACAGUAGAUAUGCUAACUCAUGAAAUGUCAACCAAAAUUUCGAAAUGCCUUCUCGUUUCAAAAAGAUAAAUUAAGUAGUGUUGUAAAACUAAUCAUGGCGCAGCAUAAAUCUAUAAUGAUCCAGUUACCUCAGGGUGUCGGCUUACGAAAGAGCUUAUUUUCGGCUGCAUGCAAGAUCUAUACUCUGCAAGAAAUGACUACUUAAUUGGUAUGCAAUUUUCUCAUUGAUUUUCGAUGCCCUUGACAAUUCAAUUAUAUUUCAUGGAAAACAUGCAUAAACACACUCAUUCUUUUACUUAUUCGGUAGAAAAUUACGUCUUCUGCCAAUUUCAUGCGCAAAAGAAGAGCAUAAGUCGGUUUUAAAAAAAUUUUCUAAUUCCUGAAUUAUUUUGAACCCGACCUGCUGUUACGCUUGCAUUCAGGGUUUCAAAACUACAAGCUGUAUAUUUUCCGUUUACGGAAAACCAUGCAUUUUUCUACGGUGUUAAGAGGAGACCAUAUGAGGUUCAUGAAAUUAAGCAGUGGAUUUGAUCAAUGUUGUUAACUUUACAAGUCACACUCGUAAAUGCAGAUACAUGACGUUUCAUGAACCGCCAUUUGACGGUAUUAAAGAAUCUCCCAAUUAGAAAAGUUUUUUUAAAACCGAAUUAUACUCUUCUUUUGAAUAUGAAAUUGGAAGAAGACGUGAUUUUCUACCGAAUACGUAAAAGAAUAAAUAUUUUUGUGCAUGUUUCCCAUGAAAUAUAAUUAAGCUUUUAGGGGCAUCGGAAAUCAAUAAGAAAAUUGCAUUUUACUUAUGUAGUCAUUUUUUGCAGAGUAUAGAUCUUGCAUGCAGCCAAAAAGGAGUGUUUUUGAAAGCCGACACCCUGAGGUAACUGAAUCAUUAUAGGUUAAUGCUGCAUAAUGAUUAGUUUUACAAAACUACUUAAGUUAUCUUUUCGAAACGAGAACGCAUUUCGAAAUUUUUUUUGACAUUUCAUGAGUAAGCACAUCUACUGUAAGAAUGGGUGCGAAGGACGCUUCGCAAGUCACCUUCGUUGCGCCUGCGGGUUUCGGUCACCCUAAUCACUGUCACCCCCACCCAACAUUGCCCACACACACGCACACACACACACACUUGUGCCAAUUGAACUAAAAAGUCUGUUUCUUCGAAGCCUAAUCAAUCCGUAUUGUGUGUGUGUUUUUGCUUGCAGCACAAAGAAGGGUGUGUCUGUCAUCUCCUUCUCCGAAAAGGCCUCUGAAGAUGACGCUGUCCUCAGGUGGUCACUAGUCAUCAAGGGCGUGAGUUGACCUUUUUAACAGACUGCAAUUUACCUUGUUUAAUUUCCGAGGAAAUUAAUGCGCGAACUUGGAGUAAGUCUUUCGGAACGGGCCUUUUCAGGCACGCUACAAAUUUUGAUGCGAAUAUUUGAGAUGUAAUCGAUCAGCUACUGCGGAAUAACCGCUUAAUAUUCACAGAGCGCCAACAGGCAGCUAGUAGUAUAGAACUGUGCGAUGAUUUACCGUACCGCCAACACAGGUAUUAGCUAAUUUAGCAAUUUACUGGUUCGCAAACCUCCCGUCUUCAAGCCUCACUGUGAUCUUCUGGUUUACUUUUUCAGGGCGACAAAUGGACAAACUCGCCUAUCCUCGUCAUGUGUCCCAAGAAUUCCACUGUCGUGUUACCCGGCUACAUGCGGAGCAGUAUUCUUCACAGGAAGAACACUGUGACUGAUAGUCUGUUGGAAGAGGGCCCGUGAGAAGCAGAGUUUGCCUUGUACCAUCAAGACUGCGCGCCGCCUUGACACUUAUCUUUGUUGUAUAAUGAGACAUUAUUUUCUGCUUGGGAUUUCGGACAAACGUUCUACAGUUAUCUGAGCCAAAUUUUAAAUACAGUGACUUUUUUUAAUUUGUAACAUAAACAUGCCUACAAAAAUAAAACCUAUUUUCUUCAGUUGAGUAGUACUCAAUUGCAGGCCCAAGCUUCCGUGCGGCGUGUUUAGUAAGGAGGGGGAAAUACCCGUUUGUUUGGAAAAUAUCCUUGCAAAAGUAUCAGUAUCCUGGUCAGCAUACAAACUGAUAGAUGAGGAGAGAGUCCAUGGCUAUGCAUGAAGUUGCAGGACGAUUAUCAAACAGUUCGAGUCAGUCUCACUAUCCAUAUUCCGGUGCCGGAGAUGGUUGUACUAAUCAGGAUUAGGUACUGUAGGUGGGCUAAGUCAUGAAAUGUUGGCCGAGAUUCUGAAAUGAGUUUUCGUUUCGAAAAGAUUGCAUAAGUAGGGUUCUAAGUCCGACCAUCAUGCAGAAUAAUUCUAUAAUAAUUCAGUAACCUCAGGAUGCCGGCUUUCGAAUGAACUUCCUUUCGGCUGCAUGCGAAAACUUCACUCUGUAAAAAUGACUACCUACGCAGCAGGAUUAUUUCCCAUUGAUUUUCGAUGCCCCAAAAAGUCCAAUUAUAUUUCAUGAAAAUCAUGCAUAAAACUAGUCAUUCUUUUGCUCAUUCGGCAGACACUUAGGUUUUCUUCCAAUUCCUAAUUAAUCUUGAACCCGCCCUACCGUCACACUUGCAUUCAGGGUUUCCAAACUACAAGCCAUAUAUUUUGCGCAUAUGGAAAACAACACAUUUCUCUAUGGUACUAAAGGGGGGCCAUACAGGGUUCAUAAAAUUAAGAGGUGGAUUUGAAGCAGCCGCUCCAGUUCUCCUUUUCUCCGGCUCCGUUUUGUCGGUCGAUGGCCGCGACAAUCGUUGCCAGGCCGCUGACACACAACCACCCCCGCCGAUUAUAACUGGGCCCCCCCUCCUGUCCAGCUGCAGUGACCCCCGGCUGCCCCCACAAACAAUUAUCACCUCAUGCGCGUCGGAUGACCUGGCUUGAUACCCGUAAGCCCCUGUAAUUAUGCUUCCCCCUAAUCCUCCCCUUAUCCGUCCAAUCACAUGAUCAGCAUCCAACCAGUCACCCCCACCUACUGACACAGACUUUAACUCCCGCGUAAACUACACACCGUGACUGACGCUCUCCCCGAACGGACGUUUAUCUCUGUAGCAAGCAAACAGCCAACUUACGGCAACCUGCUCAGUGUACAGAAUAAACUAGUCCUCCCAGCUCCCUGACUUCUGUCAUUAGACGAAACGAACUUAUUGUGCGUGGUUUAAGUUGAGCUCACAUCCUUGACCGCCACAGAUUUGAUUUAUAUUGUUAACUUUACAAGCCACAUUAGUAAAUGCAGAAACAUGACGUUUUGUGAACGGCCAUUCCACGGUAUUAAAAAGUCUCACAAUUAGAAACUUUUUAAAACCGAAUUAUGUCCCUCCUUCGAGUAUAAAAUUGGAUGAAGGCGUAAUUUUCUACCGAACGAGGGAAAGAAUUAAUAUUUUUAUGUCGUUUUUCCAAGAAACAUGAUUAGACAUUUAUAGGCCUUCAAAAUGCAUGCUAAUUAAAUAGUCAUUUUUUACAAAGUACAGCUCCGCUAGCAGCCGCACAGCGGCUGGUGACAAAGCGGAGUACAGUUGCGGACAAGGGCAAGGGACAAUGUAAGUGGCGGUACGGGUAUCGGCUUCUGUAAAUCGUUCUCCUUACACGUCAGGUAUCAUCCAAGGGAUGGCAAUACGAAAUUCCGGUGGGCUGAUGUCCGGCGGGAGAUAUGGCAGCAGCAUGGUGUACGUGGUGUCAUCGAUUUAGAGUGAAUAGGGCAUACGCAAAAGAGACGUAAGGCCUAGCCACACGGACCCCAAAUUUUGGCGAGCGCUUCCGUAUGUUAAGAACGUCUCGGUAGCUGUUGGCUGCCUUCUGGCACCAAUUGGGUUUGGAGUUGCACACAGACCAGAGGCAACAAUCAGGCGUCAGUUAAUGAAACCGAAAGACCCACCGCCACUGCACGAAACGUCUGAAUUCAUUUAUCGGAUCUGGUGCAGUUGCGGACAAAGCAACUACGUCGGAAAAAUCGGAAGACAGCUCCGAACGCAAAUGGUUGAACAUGCUGACGCAAUGUGGAGAAAUGACGCCGGUUAUUAAGUUACGGCUCAAUCGACGAGAUCCGGCCACACACUUAAAUUUGAUGAGGCCGGAAAUUCUCGCAAGAGAUGACAACCACGUGAGCCGGGAGCUACUCGCAUCAUGGUUUACUGGCCCCCUGUCCAUUAACAAGUGCAAUGAGCUUCCCUUUUCCAUACUCUGUGCUGAAACUUCGCCUAGGCGGAGUAAUUAUCAAAGUGGGGAGCGCACAAGUAAACACAUUUCCCGACGCCAGGGUCGGUGCGUCAGAUGGUCGAGCCAUCACCACAUCAACAUCCAAUGCACGUGAUGAAACUGCAGCAAUUUACAACGUGAACGUCGGCCAUCAAAGAGUCAACAUACCAAGCGCAACGAUCCCGGAUGAAGGGGGGAGCUGUGAAUAUUCAUAAGUAUACGCUGGCCUGGCGACUUUAUCCUAUAAAUACUGCAGCCGCUUGCCCAUUAACCACCCGUAUCUGCUUUCGUCUCCGAUGAUGGGUUCGAGCAGGAAUCCGAAACGUCAGGCAAAUGAAGCUCUUAUUCCAUUGAUCGUAUAUCUUUUAUGAUCCGGAAGAUAAGACAGAAGAGAGCCGGUUCCGACGACAAGCCCUUUAUUGGUGACUUGCGGACACGAGGGGGUUACAACUCGUAAGAAAGGUGUGCUAUUUAUAUUGGCUCCCCUGCGUUCUGGAACAUUCCAUCCAAUUACGUGCCAGCUGUUGAGGGCGUUCUAGAAUGUUCCUGCUACGAGCGUGCUGGUCGCUGAUUGGCCACCGCGUGCGCGAUAGCCCCCGCGGAAACGUCUGGAAUGUUCGGCCAUCCAUUGAUUGGGCCGCACACCUGAGCAAAGCCACCACGCGUGCUCGGCACUGCAGUGCGCGCCGGUCGGUCGUCUAACUUCACGCUUGACUCACGUCGCCUACGUGAUCCCGUGUUUGGCGCCUUAGGCCGUGGCUCUACGCCGCUUUCACUCUCCAUAACAGUAUCCUUCUCCAUGGCCCAUAUAUUGAUUAGUUUUACUAAACGCGCUCUAAAAUAAGCACAUACUUCUCAACCAAAGUGGACAACAUAACAGAAGAAAAGCAAAGAGUGAGAAGAAAAACGCAAGCAUCGAUAAAUCGCCAGAGCAGGGGUUGAGAUGUGUGUCAGGUAAGUAGACGUCGAAGGCAAUAAACAAGCUUGAGAACUGCAGUGAAAGACAUUUCAACAUGGGGGAGGAGGUGAAAUCUGAGAACAACGUAACACCGAGGUACCGUAAGGAUAAUACUUCAUUUGGAAGGAUGCCAGGUGACUCAGAAAUGCAAUCGAUAAACACUCGGAACUUACUUCCGAUCGUUAAGUAGAAGACCACUUUUCAAUGAGCAUGCACAGACAUAAUGCAAAUUAUUCCUCAAAAACUGGAGAUGGGUUUGAUUUUUAAUACGAUAUCCAACAACCAACUUAUUAGUAGACUUAAUGAACAGGCAGUGGCCGGACGAUCUCAAGUUAGUAGUGUGAAAUCAGAAGAUAUGGCGGGAUAAGAUGAGGUUUUGAAGGACUCCGCAGGUAAUCGGUCUCAUGAAAUGUUUGCGGGACUUCUGAAAGACAUUUUCGAUUAGGAAGGAUUACUUAGGUGGGGUUAUAAUGCUGGUUACCUUAUGGAAUAAUCCUUCAAUAUUUCGGACUCGGCAUGAUGUCGGCUUUUGAGCGCACCUCUUUUCAACCUCCUGUAGGAACCGUAUUUAGUAAAAAAUGACUACUUAAGUAGCGAACAUCUUUCACGUUGGUUAUCGAAGGUCAUUAUUUGUAUACCUAUAUUUAUUUGUAUUCUGAUCGCGUUUUCGCUUUUUAAAACUCUGACCCAUUCGGAAAGCUACAGUACGUGACAUAUCUCAUAAAACCUGAUGACAGUUACUGGUAUGAGAAUUUUCGGAUGUCUUAAACAUUGCGCAUCUUGCUCGCUUGUCCAACUCCUUCAAGGACAUGUCCUAUUCUUGUGCUGAAAAUGUGUUCAUGUAAUUUUGUUAAGCAAAAUGUUCACAAAUGUGAGGGGAAAUGGACUUCGCGAUAGACCGGGCGAUUUCCGAUGCGAAUACCUUUCCUAGACUUCGGAUGCACAUCUGAACGUGUUUUUGUAAAAGGAAAGUAAUUUGCUCAUGAGAGUUUUACCGGACAGAGCUUACUUCACUCGGUAUUUGAUUUUUCGUCCGACGCUAACUUGUUGGCGCGCAGUUUAUUUUAAGAAAACCAGAUGUUUUGUCGAUUUUUAAAGGUCGGAUUAGCAAAUAUGUGCGAUUUGGGUGCGAAAGUGCAAUACUAAUGCACACAGGCAGUCUUUUGUUCAGAUUACCUGGAAUCGUCUUGCCGUUUAGGAAAAUUCUGCAAAUUCGCCAAAGUGACAGCCACCGAAGAGUCAUUUUCAGUUUUAGACGACUGGAACAUUAUUUUUCGCGCGGUCAAGCUUCGGUACAUACGCAGUUUGGAAAUGCAACGAGCAAAACCUUAACAGUUUCAGCGAAGUACCAGUAUUUAUGUGGCCACUACGCAAUGGAUUCACAAUCGUAGAACGUAGCUUACAAGUUAGCAAAGGUAUUAAAAAUGGACACGGUAUAGAGAGAAAAGCGUAUUCUUACAUUUGCGAUAGGAAAAUGUUAGUGUUUUUUCAUAAACCUAAAAGAAACGGCCAAAAACGUAAAAUCUUUUCUAGCUUUAAAGUGUUAGUGUUAAACACACCGACAUCCGUCAAAAAGUUCUGUAAUUAAGCACUCUUGAGAGAGGUAAAUGAUCGGAUAAAAUUUUCUAACUGAUCAAAGUCGUAUUCGUUGCUGACUAUUAUAGUGGAAGCGUAUUUUUUGAUGAUGAUGAUGAUGACGACGACGACGACGACGAUGAUGACGACGACGAUAAUGAUGAUGAUGAUGAUGAUGAUGAUGAUGAUGAUGAUGAUGAUGAUGAUGAUGAUGAUGAUGAUGAUGAUGAUGAUGAUGAUGAUGAUGAUGAUGAUGAUGAUGAUGAUGAUGAUGAUGAUGAUGAUGAUGAUGAUGAUGAUGAUGAUGAUGAUGAUGCUUCAUGUCUGGGCGAGUCAUUAAAUGCAACCCAAACGACCAUCUACAUGAAAAGGAACGCCUAG